AUGUCGACGCGGUCGGAGAGAGAAAAAGCCCAGAAACUGAAUGAGCAGCAUCAGGCCAUUCUGACCAAAAUGCUCCGAGAGGACGACAACAAGUACUGCGCUGACUGCGAGGCUAAAGGUAAUCUCAGCUGCUGAAAUAUAGACAGUGAAGCUAGCUAAGCCCACCUGGAUUCUGGAAAUGAAAGGUGGUGGUGGUUCCAUAUACGCCAUCCCAACCAGCCAUACAUCGGAGUUUGACUUCUGCCUGAGUGUGAGUGAGCAAGCUAACAGACAUUGGCUAGCUAGACAACCUACACCGGUCAUUCCAUUUGACAGGUUUGUUAGCUUGCUAGCCUAGCACGAUGGAAGCAACACAGAAAGCAUGUAUUGGCUCCAAUGUCCUUCUCUCCAAUUUAUUUAUGAGCGGAAAAACAUUGUCGGAGAGCAGUCUACGAUAACGGAGAGUAAUUAGUCUCCAGUAUUGCCAGCACACAAGCCAAUGCGGGCGGAUAAUACAUUGCUGAUGUAGCAGUGACUGUCAAGCAGGUUUUGCUUCAGCUCAGCGAACCACCCACCUGUGAUUAAUAAAUGCCUCCUGCGUCAUGAUGACGUGUUUUACUAACGUUUACCUUUCGCUCAUGGACAGUCCCUAUUUUCAUUUCACUAUCAGCUGCAAUUGCAUGGUCGACACACCAAAAUAGUAUUUUUGUGCACGCCAGCAAUGAUCAGUCAACAGCAUGACGUGUCCCUAUUUCAUAUAAAUGGGUCCUUAUCUGCUUUGCCCGCGAGAGUUUCUCUGGUUGGUCUCAAAAUUAGGAUUUUGAGAUGCGACUGUAGUUGCCAUGGCUCUGAGAAAGUCCAGUCCAGACUAGUUCUCACGUGAUUGGGGGAUGCUGGUUGUUUGAUUGACAGAUGGGGCCAAUGAAAAGCACAGCAUAUGAAUGAUGCUGUAAUAUGAAGGAUACAACCAGGAACAGGACAACUGACAACAACUUUGCACUAUCCUUUGUCAGACACAAAAGUUGACCCGACACACUAGACAUUGCUCUGUCAAAUUCCAGGUUGUCCUCAAUCUGAAUACAAUAUAUUGUAUAGCCCACAUGGGUAUUAUUCCUGGAGUGUGUUAUGAAAUUUGUGCAGGAUACACCCACCCAUUGCUAAUGGAUCCUGGACAGGCUCUAUUCUGCAGAAUGGUUCUAUUUUUCUAUUCUCAGCCUAUGUAAUCCUGCUUUAUGUAACAUUAUAUUAUGGCUCAGUCAGGUAAGAGGAAGUGUUUGUUUAUUAAGUGAAAGCUCCACUCAAGCUGCACCCUAGGGUGCUGUAUAUGUGAACGCUCACGCUGCAUCCGUCUCUUCGUCUGCCCCCUUUGUGUUUGUGUAUGUGUGUCUGCAUGCGUGCAUGCCUGUGCGUGAAGGGCUCACAUGCUCCUGUGUGUGUGCGUCGUGAGGCAGUGUUCCUGUAAGUCCUGUGUAAUUAUCCUGUGUGUGUGUGAAUGCGUGCGCAUUUGCGCAUGCAUAGCCUAUAUGUUAUGAUGGGGAGAUGAUACUGUCAGGUCAUAAAGGUUUUAGCACUGUGUUAGAGAGAAUGGAAGGAAAGCGGAAGAGAGAGCGAUCAUUCUAUACUGGAGUGUUGCUUAUCUCCUCUCCCCACACUGCCUCUCUCUCUCUCUCCCUUCUCCUUGCCUAAGCUCUGGUUUCUAUCUCUCCAGUGUCCACACAAUGGGUAAGGAAAAUUACCCAGCAUCCUUCACUGCUUCUCCUUCCAUGGCCUACAAAGAUAGGGCAAAGCUGUGUGUUCCCAUUUUAAUUGCUUCCCAACUACAACUCAGGUUUCAGGACAGUCUCCACCAUGUUGCUUUACCAGUAUCCAUGCCUUUGAGAUUAGAGCUGGAGGAGGAGAGCAGACAUGGACACAAGUCUCCAUCCGGUAUUUGUUGGAGUCUGGACUAUAGACUUGGGAAUGAGUGGUAAGACCUUCAUCAGGCAUAGGGGUCAACUCUUCUCUGCAAUCAGAGGAAGAUAUUUUCAGCUGCUUUCUUCCUCCGUGUUGUCAUGCUGCAGUCAGAGCUGAUAGUAAUUUGACUUCAGACUUCACUGAGUAACAAGGGCCUGAGGCACUCUCGCUUCACUGACUAUUUUGUCAAAAACGCAAGCAGGCGUAUUCUUUCUAUCAAUAUCUCUCUCAUCAAUACCACGUAUCUGCCCUUUGUGCUAGCACUGAAGUUAGUAUUAGCGAGAGGGAGAUAGCAUCUCGCUCUCUCUCACACACACACCCCAGAGGCAUGUUAACCCAUGACUGUAAGGGCAGCCUUCUGAUAGGCUGGCCCAGGCCGGUUGGGUGUGGCUCAUAGGUUACAUCAUCAAGCUCCAUCUGAUCUCACACACUAUCCGUUGGCUUAGUUGUGCCUAGCUUACUACACUGUCACUCAAACCUAGACCACACAAUAAGAAUACCUCUUGCUUCAUUUCCACCUCUGCAGUGAAACGGCAACAGACCUCUAACAGACCUGUAAUAAUGGUGAAUAGAUGGGGUGUUGGCCUGUAGCUUUGCCUACUGCAGUGUAAUGAGUGACUCACCUGAGCUGCUCAGCUGUAAUUCCACCCUGCCUGCCUGUGUCUCUGUGCCUGUAAACACUGUGUGCACACUGCCCUAAAUUCUCAAGGUGUGUGAACACAUUUCUGUGUAUACCUCUACCGCUGCUAUGUCUCAAGGUGAAUAAGCCUAGGCUAGAACAGAGUGCUGACCUUUAGAUCAUUAGACUAGCGUACUCCCUUGUGCUGGGACUGUGGCAUGUGUUUAGUGGUAGGCUAUCAUCUGGCAUGGCAUGUUCAGGACAGUGGCACACUCUCUGAGCUGGCAUGAUUUUCUCUGUGUUGGCACGGCAAGCUUGGCAAGAAGGCUCCUGAGUGGCGCAGUGGUCUAAGGCACUGCAUCGGAGUGCUAACUGUGUCACUAGAGAUCCUGGUUCGAAUCCAGGCUCUGUCGCAGCAGGCCGCGACCGGGAGACUCAUGGGCGGCGCACAAUUGGCCCAGCGUCGUCCAGGGUAGGGGAGGGAAUGGCCGGCAGGGAUGUAACUCAGUUGAUAGAGCAUGGCGUUUGCAACGCCAGGGUUGUGGGUUCGAUUCCCACAGGGGGCCAGUAUAAAAAAUAUAUAUAUGUAAGUCGCUCUGGAUAAGAGCGUCUGCUAAAUGACUAAAAUGUAAAUGUAAAUGUAAGGCCAGAUGGGCACCGAGGGUUGUUCUGCCCCCUCCUUGAUACCCCCCUCUCUCUCUCCCUCUCGGCCUGCUGUAUGAAGGAGAUGGCAGCCUACUUCUGUAACUACUGAAUAUAGGCCAUGCAAGGUAAACCUGUGGGAGACAAAGCCCAUAUAUUGUACGGCUCUUGACGUUAGCCUAGCCUCACACGACAACGCGUAGUCUGAUAUCCUGCAGGUUAUUGUGACCCACCUUUGUGAGCCACUAUUCAAUGAAUCCAGUGUUUCUGCAAGAGAGAUUAGCAACUGUAAGUCGCUUUGGAUAAAACCGUCUGCUAAAUGGCAUAUUAUUAUUAUUAUUAUUAUUAUUAUUAUUAUUAGCAACUCUCAACAUUUGGGAAAAAGUGCUCAGAAUAGUUAGAAACCUCUCCCAUCUUCUCGAUGUCCUCAUGAGGCCUGCCUACUGUUCCUCUUAUCACCAACAGGUGGUGCCAGAAGCCCAAUAACUCAGUGUGUGAAAGUCAGGGAAUUGAUGGAGGGGAAGCCUAAUUUGAUGAUCUCUCAACCCAAUACUUUGUGUUACUUCAUUUUCUUCAGGGGACUAGAAGUAGCCUAGUAAUUUGAAUGUAAUCUGAUAAUGGGGUGGUAGAUGCCCAGUCUGGGCUAUGGCUCAGCUCAGUGCCAGUAUCCACAAAGCCUCUCAGUGUAGCAGUGCUGAUCUAGGAUGAGUUUAGCCUUUUAGAUCAUAAUGAAUAAGAUUAAUAUGGACAGAUCCUGGAUCAGCUCUCCUACUCUGAGAAGCUUUGUGGAUACAGGACCAGGUAACUGCAUUCACCAUAGACAUAUACAUCAAUGACACACACACACAGCUCAGAGCAGUCGGCUCUGACAGAUCCAGCUCCGAGGCCCGUUUCCUGAGCUCCAUCAGCAGCGGACAAAAUUAAUGUCUUUAUGCAACAAAUGUUAAUACAUCGAACCGCAUCAUAUCGAACCGAAAUGCAUUGUUUCGUUCCUCUAAUGAAACCGACUCGACCGACUCGUUUCGACCUAAAAUGUAUCGUAUCGGAGCCUGUCUAUCUAGAUGCGUAUCGAAUCGCCAUUGAAAGGGAGGAUGCACACCCCUAGUGUGUACGCAUGUUCCAUUCUUGCUUGUAGAACAUGUGUGUGCUGUGUGAGCAACUGCAGUCCUUAACUAAUCUGAACACCACUGGCUUUCUCUGUGGGCUAGUGCCACAACCUCACCUUGCAACCUAACCUGGACUGCACUGCAUCCAGCCACCACCAGGGAGCAGCAGAGCACUGUUCUCCAGUGCUAGCGGUAGAAGUUGUCCCCCUAACCACAGAUCUAAGAUCAGAUAGGCCUGCUAAUACUAACCAUUAGGCUCUAUUGGUUAGGAUUAGCAGGCCUAUCUGAUCCUAGAUCAGAUCAGGGGGGUGACACAAAUAUCUAGCCUAACCCUGUAUCAGUGUUUGAGUGCAACUUUAUCUACUGCAACUUGUUCCUCAAGCACUGUCAUUGAUUGGGUGGAUUUAAUUUGACACAGCUUUGAACAAUGGUGACACAGACAAGGCCAGGACUAGGAAGUUGCUGAGACGACCUGUUAGUGUCUUCUGGAGAACUACGGCCACCAGCUCCCUGUACCACACACACACACACACCCGUCAGGCCCUGUCCUCAGGUUGACGGCAGUGGCCUUCAUUUCAAGCUUGGCUGCUCGUCUCCCCUAGUUUCAAAAGCUCCACUGUCACUCAUCGAGGCUCCAGGGGUGUGUGUGUGUGUGUGUGUGUGGGGGGAUGUGUUUGUUAGGUUGGCUGAUUAGGUCUGUAGUCAGUCAGGGGUUGAUCUUUGGCAGGGGGUUCUGACUAAUCAGCUAAUCAAUGCUCUUUAGUCUGGACUACGCUUAGCCUAAUUGAAUGAAUCAGUGUUUUAAUGCUGGGGUGGAACAAAAAACAUUACACCCCUGGAGUUGGUACAGUAGCAGAAUAAUAACUGUGUGUCUGCGUCUGUGUAGGUCCGCGGUGGGCAUCGUGGAACCUGGGGGUCUUCAUGUGUAUCCGCUGUGCUGGCAUCCACAGGAACCUGGGCGUCCACAUCUCCAGAGUCAAAUCUGUCAACCUGGACCAAUGGACCCAAGAACAGAUCCAGGUAGCAUGGGGGUGUGUGUUUUAUAGGGGGGUGUGAUGGACAGUGAGGUCUGUGGGUGGUUUUUGGGGUGUUGUGUUUUGGUUGGGCCUGAGGGUGUUUGUGAAUUAGACAGAUGAAGAAUAAAAUGGUGUGUUUGAGGCACACGAACCCAAAGUGUAGGCCUAUCUGUGGUUUCUUGAAGAGCUAUCUGUCAGGGUAGAUGGAGCAUGCGUCUCUCUCUGAGUGUUAACCUCUACGGGAACGGUGUCCCGCAUACGGGACGGUUGAGCUAUCGUGUGCUAAUGUGAUUAGCAUGACUGUUGUAAUAACAACAAACUUUCCAGGACAUAGACAUGUCUUAUAUGGGCAGAAAGCUUAAAUUAUUGUUAAUCUAACUGCACUGUCCAAUUUACAGUAGCUAUUACAGUGAAAAAAUACCAUGCUAUUGUUUGAGGAGAGUGCACAACAACAAAAAACAUAUCACGGCAACUGGUUUGAUACAUUCACCUCUGAAGGUAAAUAAUGUACUUACAUUCAGUAAUCUUGCUCUGAUUUGUCAUCCUAACGGUCUCAGAGAUAAAAUGUAGCAUAGUUUUGUUUGAUCAAAUCCAUUUUUAUAUUCAAAUGUAGGAACUGGGUUCUACAGUUUGAACCCCUGCUGUCUCUGGCUCCACACCCACCCACCCCGCCCGGCCAUCUAGAUGUGUGAAAGUUAGUGUAUAAGCCAAAGAUCCAUCAUGUAUGACAUUACUGGGAGUGUCUAAACUUACAUUUUGUAUUAUCAUAUCAUUUUUGUAUGUUCUCUAUAGUUAUGUACUUGAAAAUGUAUCAAUUGACCAACUCGGCCUAUUUGGGCAGACUUGAUACAAAAUAGUCCAGUAUUGCAACACUUUACUGGAUCAAUCUGAAACUUUGCACACACACUGUUGCCAUCUAGUGGCCAAAAUCUAAAUUGCGCCUAAACUGCAAUAUUCUAUUGUGGCCUUUCUCUUGCAUUUCAAAGAUGAAAUAAAUAAAUAAACGCAUUGUUUUUUUUGUUUGUAUUAUCUUUUACCAGAUCUAAUGUGUUAUAUUCUCCUACAUUAAUUUCACAUUUCCAUAAACGUCAAAGUGUUUCCAUUCAAAUGGUAUCAAGAAUAUGCAUGUCCUUGCUUCAGGUCCUGAGCUACAGGCAGUUAGAUUUGGGUAUGUCAUUUUAGGCGAAAAUUGGAAAAAAGGGUCAGAUCCUUAAGAGGUUUUAAUUGCUGUUUUAAUGGGUAAUUAUUCCAACUUUAGCUCGUUCACUCCUCCUAUCAAAUCCAUCAUUCUCAUCUGCCUGUGGCAGUUUCUUCUUUCUCUCUGUGUGUGUGUCAUUACCAGGUACAAACUGACUAGAAUGUAAAUAUAACAUUUCAAAGCAGUUGUGCUGACUGUUUUCAGUUUCUCUUCAUUACAUUUGUUUUGAAGACCUUGCCCUCCGUUUGAAUAUGUGAUGCAUUAUUAAGCUAGAGAUGUCUAAUGAUAUAUUGAAGGCUUUUAUCUCUCUCUCCCUGUGUGUGUCUGUGUGUAGAGUAUGGUAGACAUGGGGAACAACAAGGCCAAACAUCUGUAUGAAGCCCACCUCCCAGACAACUUCAGACGUCCACAGACCGACCAGUAUCCUCUCGUCUCUCUCUGUGUAUGUGUGUUUAGUAAUAAUGAACCCCUCUGUGUGCAUCUGCAUUCGACCACCACCUUACACAUCACAGUUCCUAUUCCCAUGUCACUUUGGACCCAGUCGUGAUGAGACACACAUUUGGACACAGCACCUUUGAGUGCGUGGUUGUAUUGAAGAGUGUAAGGCGGCAUGGUAGCUGGGCGGCCUUCUGUUCUGACAGGACACGACAGCUGUGUGUUCUUAAUAACAGCUGUUCCUGUUCAAACUCAACUGGUUCAUGUCGCUAAUAUAUAAUCUGGUAUCUAGCUUUUUUGCAGGGUGGUCAUCAGUUUUGCCUUUAGCUCCUGCUAGUUCUGACAGUAGCUCAAAGGCAUAGGGGUCGAGCUAGCUAGACUAUUUGGAAGGUAGAUCGAAUGUGUAGGCUACGUAUCCGUUGUGUGGGUAGUUGGAGUAUUUGAAAUAAGGCAGUGUGUUUCUUUGCUUUCAUGUUGUCCUUCUCCCCCUCACCUUUUGUGUUGUGUUUUUCAUGGUUCCUUUGUCUGUCUUUUCUUCACCCCCAACUUGCCCUUCUCCUUUUCUGUUACUUCUCUGUUGUCAGAUAGUCGCUCGCUCACUCUCUCGCAAUUCAAAUUCAAUUCAGUAGACUUUAUUGACAUGGCAAGUUAAAUUACUUACAUUGUUUAAGUACACAUAUAGCAACAAUGGUGGGACCAACAGCAAUAAAGCAUCAGUAAUAAUAAUAAUAAUAGUAGUAGUGGAAAUAGUAUUACGUGGUCCUCUGUAGCUCAGCUGGUAGAGCAUGGCGCUUGUAACGCCAAGGUAGUGGGUUCGAUCCCCGGGACCACCCAAACACAAAAAUGUAUGCACGCAUGACUGUAAGUCGCUUUGGAUAAAAGCGUCUGCUAAAUGGCAUAUUAUUAUUAUUAUUAUUAUUAUUAUGACCAUUAACAGCAACAACAAUAUGAAUGUGAAUAAUAAUAAAUGAAAGCAAUAGUAGUAGGCCAGUCUCAAUAUGACUGAAAAGACACAUGGCAUGGUAUGAAAGCCAAAACAAAACAAAUGGGCAAAUAUUAUUGACAUUGCAUUCUCCUUUCUGUCUUUCUUGCUUUCUUUCUUUUCCCCCUCCCCCCUUCAGCUCUGGGAUCUGACUCGUCUCCAUGUAAAUUCCAGCAUGAAUAAAGAUGUUCCUACAGGAGCAGCACCCGAAUAUAUUCACACACACACCACUUUUUCUUGAGGGCAUUUGGGCCUGCUUCAACAGCGACCUCCCUUCCUUUACUUGUUUUUCUGCAUUGUGAAUUUCAGUCUUCCCCUUUCUUUCCUCCCCUGCCUCUGUAACUAGGCCAUUCAGAAACAUUCAAUGUCGUCUUGGUAAGCAACACCAGUGUAUAUUUGACCUUGUGUUUUAGGUUAUUGUCCUGCUGAAAGAUGAAUUUGUCUUCCAGUGUCUGUUGGAAAUCAGACUGAACCAGACUGUGCUUAGCUGUAUUCCGUUUCUUUUAAUCCUGGAAAUCUUCCUUUCAGUCUGUCAUUUAGGUUAGUUUUGUGGAGUAACUACAAUGUUGUUGAUCCAUCCUCAGUUUUCUCCUGUCACAGCCAAACUCUGUAACUGUUUUAAAGUCACCAUUGGCCUCAUGGUGAAAUCCCUGAGUGGUUUUCUUCCUCUCCAGCAACUGAGUUAGGAAGGAGGCCUGUAUCUUUGUAGUGACUGGGUGUAUUGAUACACCAUCUAUAGUCUAAUUAAUAACUUCACCAUGCUCAAAGGGAUAAUCUUUGUCUUCCUCUUUGUUUUGUACCCAUCUACCAAUAGAUGUCCUUCUUUGCGAGGCAUUGGAAAGCCUCCCUGGUCUUUGUAUGUGUGGGGUACAGAGAUGAGGUAGUCAUUCAAAAAUCACGUUAAACCCUAUUAUUGUACACAGAGUAAGUCUUUGCGGUUUAUUAUGUGACGAGUUAAGCACAUUUGUACUCCUGAACUUAUUUAGGCUUUCCAUAACCAAGUGGUUGAAUACUUAUUGAAUCAAGACAUUUCAGCUUUUCAUUUUUAAUUAAUUUGUAAAAAUGUCUAAAAUAAUUCCACUUCAACCUUAUGGGGUAGUGUGUGUAGGCCAGUGGCACAAAAUCUAAAUUUUAAUCCAUUUUAAAUUCAGGCUAUAACACCACUAAAUGUGGAAAAAGUUGAGGGGUGUGAAUACUUUCUGAAGGCACUGUAUAGUAAGACAUAGCUGUGUGAUUGUGUGUGUGUACCACAGUGUCAUUCCUUAACCCCUGACCUCAGAGCAGUGGAGUUCUUCAUCCGGGAUAAGUACGAAAGGAAGAAAUACUACGACCAGAACGGCCUCAAAACAGCUUCAGUAAGUGUACACACACACACACUUUCCACAACACUGAUCUGUUACACAGCAAUUGGCACGAAUAAUGGGUGUGUGUCUAUGCACAUUGUGUGUGUGGGUAACAUUAUUUGUGUGGUGUUUGUAUGUGAAUGCACUGCGUAUGGGAGUUCUUUGUGAGAGGCAUGUUUGUGUGGCUUAUAAUAAUAAUAAUAAUAAUAAUAAUAAUAAUAAUAUAAUAAUAAAAUAAUAUGCCAUUUAGCAGACGCUUUUAUCCAAAGCGACUUACAGUCAUGCGUGCAUACAUUUUUGUGUAUGGGUGGUCCCGGGGAUCGAACCCACUACCUUGGCGUUACAAGCGCCGUGCUCUACCAGCUGAGCUACAGAGGACCACAUAUAUAGGCUUCAUAUACUGCAGUGUUAAUUUUGGCACCCUUUUUUUAGAUUUGGUCUUAGUCAUUUUGACUACAAUAUAAUGAAGUCUUAGUCACAUUUUUGUCAUUUGAAUAAUGAUUUAGUCUAGUUAUUGUCAAACAGUGGGCCAUUUUAGUCAAAUCUCAUUUGUAUUGCCUCAUUAACCUAUAGUAAACAUAAAUCACUGACUUCCAUGUACACAAACAUAGCCUUCAAUCAAUCAAUCACAUUUAUUUAUAAAGCCCUUUUUACAUCAGCAGAUGUCACAAAGUGCUAUACAGAAACCCAGCCUAACACCCCAAACAGCAAGCAAUGCAGAUGUAGCCUUGUCUUAUCAACAUAUUAUUCUGCAUAACAUCCUAUCGCAUGAUUCUCUUCCUAACAGCCAAAUUGGCAGAAGAACACAUUACUCAGCAGCAGAUAAAACAUCAGACCCAUUGACAGGGCUCCAGACUAACAUUUUCCCCCAGUGCCACCAACUUUUUCAGUGGCACCAGCCCGUGAUUUUGUCGCACCAAUUUUUUUCCGUGGCAUCACGCAAUAGAAAACAUUUGUAAUCAUUCACCCUAGAAAGUAAUUCGCAGUGCUUUAGACUGUGUAAUAGACUAUUGAGAUUGUAGGCUAUUCCAAAAAUUAGUUGUUUAAUCUAACAGGUCCAAGCAGGAAUACAUGAUUCAAGAUAUUUUGAUGUGCAACCUAAUCCAGUGAUUGUCUUGAAUUGUGAGUUGACAAUAGGAUAUUGUUGUUAUAUUAUACUGAUAAAAUAGGGCUACAGAAUUUUCAGAUUUUUUGUAUUUUUCAGUAGAGAUUAAUUUGCCUACAUCUUUAUGUGCAUUAAUAUCAUAGGCUAAUUCUUAUAUAAAUACAUUUUACAUAAGAAAUGUCAGUUUGUACGUUUUGAACAUUUGGAAAUGAAUUAAUAUAAAUUAUUUAAAAGGCGGACUUAUUUGGAACACGCAUCCAUGGGCUUAAAGGGUUCAUUCUGUACGGACCUUUCACAUUUUAUCAAAUAUUUUGGUAACACUUUACGUGACACCUAGCGUUGUGACACAGUCAUAACCAUGUCAUAUGUCAUAACAGCUGACAUAACUUGUCAUAACCUGUCACAAUAUGGUCAUAAUACUGUCAUGACCCAUAUAUUUACACCUGUUGUGAAAUAUAUUGCAUUAUUUUAUGGCUGGUCAUGACACCUGCGUAAGAGUGUCAAAACCCACAUUUAUUAAAAUGUGUUUUUUUCCCCUGACAAGAAGUUUCCUUUCGUUUAAAAGUUUUUCUUAAAUCCUUUGUUGUUGUAUUGCAUUUCUUUAGUCAUGUUUUUUAAUCAUUUUAAAUAACUUGAAGAAAAUAGACUUUAUGACACUGUCAAGAAGCAUUAUGACCAUCCUGUGUCACUUUACUUGGAUUAAGAAAAUACACUUUAUUACACUGUCAAGAAGCAUUAUGACCAUCAGAAUAAUGUAAGUUAGAUAGGCCUAUCACGUACAUGCCCUUAUAUCAGUCAGUCAUCAGUCAAAAAGAGGGUGUCCUGCUCCUGAAAUCAGUCAUCAGCAACAGAUCAUUGGGGUAGGUGCAUGUCUGAGAGCAAUGUGUGCGCAAUUAUAAUUUAAUAUGGUCAAUUUCAGAAAAAUUGAUAUAAAUACUAUUAACAAGUAGGCUAUGGUGUAAUGGAAUGUGUUACCUUGUGUGGUAGGUUUUGUGGGUUUUGACACUCUUAUGUAGGUGUCAUAACCAGCCAUAAAGUAUCGCAAUAUGUCACAACAGGUCUAAAGAUAUGUCAUGACAGUGUUAUGACCAUAUUAUGACCAUAUUAUGACCGGUUAUGACAAGUUAUGUAAACUGUUUUGACUGUCAUAACGUGUUAUGACGCUAGGUGUUAAGUAAAGUGAUACCAAUAUGGUGGUCCUAUUAACAAAUGUAAGUAAAGUCAUACGACUUCACAUGAGAGAUUAAUCUUUCAUUUUAUCUCUACUUCUCUUUCAAAAAUUAGGCCAGUAUAUGUUAGAAAUGUCUAAACGUAGAUUUUGGUGGGCUUAAUAGGUACACUUACCCUACCCACAGAAAGCUGAGAACAACAGUAGUUGCUUCCAAAGGAUUUUGGAUUUUUAAAUGUUAUCCAAUUAUUCUUUUUUAUAUUUUUUUCGCUCAUAACAGCAGCAGGCCCCAGCGGAACAGGCCCAGGAGCUGGGCAGACAAUUUAAUUACAGGAAUCAAUAGGAUAAUGCACUUUGCUGUUUGAUGAAAAAAUAGGACGUUUUGAAACUUCUGAGUGAGGUGACCAUCUAAUGAAUGUUUAGCUCGCAUGCGACCAAUUACAAAUUUAACUCGCACAGCCAAUUGAAAGGGUUGCAAAAUGCCACUAAAUGGUCACAGUCUGGAGUUUUGCCCGUUGACAUACUGUAGCUGUAUUGUAAUCAAAGUUGUAAUCAAAGUGUUAUAACUAGUGGUCUGAUAGGUUGCAGCAAACUACUAGCUAGCAUUAUCAAUCUGUAUUAGCCUACCUGAGUGUAGCAGACAUGGCGUGUGCCUUAUUUGCAUCUAUGAUUUGUUGCCGCCAGAUUGCAAAUAACACUGAAAAGAUCUCAAUCUCUCCAAAAACUCUUGUCCUGUCCACUUACUAGUCAGAUUUGAGUCACAGAGGUAAUUUAGUCUCAUCUCGUUAGUUAUAGUUUUUCUGUGUCUAUUUAGUCAGAUCGUCUCGUCAAUUGCCACUGAAAAAUAGGUGUUUGACAAGUAUUUUUGUCACUAUUUUAGUUGACAAAAUUAACACUGAUAUGCUGGUAUCAGAAGAAAAGUAUGUGUGGGGGAUUGAAUGCAGGCCCAUCUCUGUCUCUGUCUCUCUCUGUGUGUGUGUGUGUGUGUGUGUGCGCGGAUGCACACAUAUCUCAGAUCACUUAGUGUCUAAAGCCCAUUUUCCACCUGAGGCCUAACCCUCUCCCUAUGUCCACUCACACCUGCUACCUAGCAUAAGCCUGAUAGCCUAGCUGACACACGAUGUAUGCACACUUUUAUGCAGACUCAUACACUCACACAAGUGCACACUCAUGCACACACACAUCUCUCUCUGUAUCUCGCUCUCUGCAUCGCUCUGUCUCGCUCGCUCUCUCUGUCUAACUCUCAUCUCUGUCUCGAGCUCUCUGUCUCGCGCUCUCUCUCUGUCUCGCGCUCUCUCUCUGUCUCGCGCUCUCUCUCUGUCUCGCGCUCUCUCUCUGUCUCGCGCUCUCUACUGUCUCCUCGCUCUCGUCUGUCUCGCUAAUCUCUCCUGUCUCUGCUCUCUCUGUCUCGCUCUCUCUCUUUUUCCUCCUCUCUCUGUUAGCUCUUCGCUUUCCCCUUUCCUCUCUUUUUUUCUGUUUGCUCUUUCGCCCCUCCGUCCCCUUUUUGUUCUCCCCUUUUUCUCUUUUGUCUCCCUCUCUGUCUGGGUUUCCCCGGCUUCCCCUCUCCUCUGUCUCGCUUCUCUUCUGCCUCCCCCCCUCUUUUCUUCCGCUCCCCUUUGGGUCUCGUUUUUUCUUUCUCCCUCUUCUGUUCCCCCUCUCCCUCGGUCUCGCUUUUCUCUUCUCGUUCCCCUUGGUCUGCUUUGCCCGCUUUCCUCUCUCUGCCCUCGUUUUUGCUCUGCUUUUCUUUUCCCCUUUUCCGCUCUUCUUUUUUCCUCGCUUCUUUUUCUGUCUUCGUCCGCUCUCUCUGUCUCGCUCUCUCUUUUCCGCUCUCCUCGUCUAGUUUUUCCUUCCUUUUUUGCUCUGUCUCGUUUUUUGCCUCGCGGCUUCGGGUUUUUCCCCUUUUGGGGGCUCCCUUUUUGUCUCGCUUUUCUUCUCCCCCUUUUGUCCUGGGCUCUUCUCCCCCCUGUCUCGCUCUUUUCCUCCCCCCUCCCUCUCUCUUUUCUCCUCUCUUGGCUCCCCUCUGUUUUUGGGGUUUUUCCUUCGUUCUCCCUUCUGGCCCCGGUUCCCCCUGUCUCCCCUCACUCUCUCUUUUAGCGUUCUCCCUUCCCCGGCCCCGCUCUCCCCUGUCCCCUCUCUCGUUUGCUCUCUCUUUCUGCUUUUCCCGCUCCCUGCCCUCCCCCGGCUUUUGUCUCUCUUUUUCCUUUCUGCUGUCCUCGCUCUCGUUUUCUCGCUCCCUCUUUCUCGCUCCCCCCUCUGUCUCGCUCUCUCUGUUUGCUUUUUUCCCCCCGAUCCUGUUUUAUUUUCUUCUUUCCCCCUCUGUCGGGUUGCGCUCUCUUUUGGCUCUUUCGCUCUCUUUUUCUCUCCUUUCCCCUUCUUUUGCUCUCUUUUUUGCUCUCCCCCCCUUUUUGUCUCGCUUUUUUUUCCUCGGGUUUUCCCCUUUCUGCCCGGGCUUUUCUCGCCCCUCUUCUCUCUUCUCCUCCCUCUUUCUGUCCGGUUCCCCCUCCUCUGUCUCCCUCUUUUGCUCCCCUUGUCUGCUCUUCCUCUCUCUCUGUUUUCCGCUCUUUCUGCUCCCUCCCCUCUCCCCCUGCUGUCUCGUUUUCUCGCUGUCCCCUUCUCUCUGUCUGCUCUUUGCUUCUCGGCCCCCGGCUCCGCUCCUCGGUCUCCCUCUCCUGGCCCCUCCUUGUUUUCUCGCUCUCUCUGUCUCGCCUCCCCCCUCUCGGCCUUCUCUGUCUCCCCUUUUCCCCUUCUAGCUCUCUCUGUCUGCCUCGCUCUUUUCCGGCUCUUUCCCGUUUCUCUCGGUUUUCCUCCCCUCUGUCUCCGCUCUUUUCCCUCGCUCCCUCUGUCUCGCUCUCUCUGUCUAGCUUUUCCCCACUCUCUCUGUUUAGCUCUUUCGCUCUUUGUCUCGCUCUCCCUGUCUCCCCUUCUUGGUCCCCUGUGGGGGCUCUCUCGCUCUCCUCCCUUCUGUUUGCUCUCUCCUCUGUCCCCCUUUCUCUGUCUCGUUUUGUUUUCCCCCUUUUUGGCUCUCCCCCGUCUCGUUUUCCUCUUUCUGUUUUCCUCCUUGUCUCCCCCCCCCUCUCUGUUCUCGCUUUGGUCGCUUGUCUCUCUUUUUUGUUUUCGCUCUCCCCCCUGUCCCCCCCUUUUGCCCUCUUUUCCCCUUUUUUUUCCGCUCUCCCUCUCCCCUUGUUGCUCCCCUCUCUCUGUUCUUUCGCUCUCCCCGGCUCCCCCUUCUUUUCCUCUCUUUCUCGUUUUUCCUUUUGCUCUCUUGCUGUUCCAUCUCCGUUUUCCCCCUUGUCUCCCUUUUCUCGCUCUCUCGGUCCUUCCCCUCUCUCUGUCUCCUCUCUCUGUUUUCGCUCUUCGCUUUUUGCCCUACUCUUUCGUUCCCCUUUUGUCUCACCCCUCUCGCUCUCUCUGUCCCCUGUCUCCCUCUCUGUCUCGCUCUCCCCCCUUGUCUAGCUCUGUCGCUUUCUCCCCCUCUCUUUUGUCUCCCUUCUGUCUCCCUCUUCCCCCUGCCCCCUCGCCUCUGUCUAUCUUUUUCCUAGCUCUCUCUUUUCCGCUCUCCCCCGCUCUCUCUGUCUCGCUCUCCCCGCUUCUCUUUUCGCUCUCUCGGGCUGCUCUUUCCUUCGCUUUCUUCCGGGUUCUCUUCUAGUUCUCGGCUCUUCUGUCUCGCUCUCGUUUGUCUGCUUUUCGCCUUGCUGUUUGGUUCGUCUCUUGUCUCUCGCCGUUUGGGGUUGGGGGGGGGGGGUUUUUUUUUCCCCCCUUUUUUCGGGUUUUGGGGCCUUUUUUUUGGUUUUGUCUUUUUGCCCUGCUUUUUUGUUUUUUUUCUCCCUUCCCCCCGGUCUCGUUUGCCCUCGCUUCCCCUCUUUUCUUCUCGCCCCCUUUUUUCCUUCUCGGCCCCGGGCCCCUCUCUUCUGUUCGCUCUCUGCCCUCGCUCUCUCUCCUGUCCCCCGCUCCCCCUCUUUUUGUCUCGUUUCUUUUUGCUCUUUUCUUUUUACUCUGUUCGUUUCCCCCUUUCCGCUCGCUUUUCUUUUCUAGCCUCACUCUCCUGUCUGGGCUCUUUCGCCCCUCUCUGUCCGCUCUCUCUGUUUUUCCGCUCUCCCCCUUCUCGCUCCUCUGUUUUCGCUCUUCUGCCCUACCCUUCCCACUUUUCCCCUUGUUUUAGCCUCUCGCUCUCUGUCUCGCUCCUCUUCUUCUCUGGUUUUCCCUCUCGGGUUUGGGCCUCUCUCGCUCUCGGUUCUCGCUCUUUCUGUCUUGUUUCCUCCCCUGUCCCCUCUCUGUUCCUUUGUCUCGUUUCUGUCUUCUCUCGGGCCCUCGCUCUCUCUCUGUCCCCCGGGCGGUCUGCUCUUUUCCCCUCGGUUCGCUCUCCCCUCGUUUGCCCUCGCUCUCUCCCCGGUCUCGCUCCCCCUUCUUCGGUUCACUCUCUUGCCUCUUGUCUACUCUGUCGGCUCCCCGCUCCCUCUGUCUAGUUUCUCACUCCCCUCGGGUCAGCUCUCUCGCUCUCCUGUCUCGCUCUCCUGUCCCCGUUUCCCCCUCUCGUUCACUUUUCUAGCUCUGUCGCUCUACCCGUCUCUUGUCUCACUCUCUCGCUCUGGGUUGUCUCACUUCCUCUCCCCCUUUCUCGCUCUUUUGUUCGCUCUUUCGUUUUCCCUGUCUAGCUCUGUCGUCCUCUGUUCACUUUCGCUCUUUUGCCCUCUCUGUCUCGCUCUCUCUUCUCGUCCCUCUGUCAAACUCUGGCUAUCCGCUCUCUUGUCCCCCUCUUCUGUCUGCUCUCUUUGCCCUCGCUUUUCGCUCUCUUUUCCCCUCGCUCUUCUGUCCGUUUCCCUUCCUCGCUCUCUCUGUCUCGCUCUCUCUGCCCCUUAGUCUCUCUGUCUCCCCUCUCUCGCUAGCUUUUUUCCCCUCUCGUUUGUUUUCCGGAUCGCUCUCCCCUUGUCCUCGCUCUCUUGUCCCCGCUCUCUUUUUUGUCUCGCUCUCUUGUCUCGCCCCCCUCUCUUGUCCCCUCUGUCUUGCGCUCCCCCCCCUCUUUGGGUCUCUCGCCUCUUUUCCGCUCUUUCGUCUUGCUCCCCUCUCUGUCCCCCCUCUCGGUCUCGCUUUGUCUCCCCUUUUCCCCUCUCUCUGUCCCCCCUCUCUCCUCUCCUCUUUCCGCUCUCUCUCCCCCCUGUCUCGCUCUUGUUUCGCUCUCUCUCUCUUCCCGGGCUCUCUCUCCCCGUCUCGCUUUUUGGCUCUCUCUUUUACUCGGGGUCGCCCCCCCUCGCCGCUUUCUCUGUUUUGCUCUACUUCGGUCUACUCUCACGCUCUCUGUCUAGCUCCACUCUCUCUGUUGCUGUCUCGCUCUCUCGCCCCUCGCUCCUCUGUCUAGUUUCUGUGCGGUCUCGACUUUUCCCUGCCCCUCCCCUCUCUUUUGUCUCCCCUCUCUUUUCUCCUCUCUCUGUUCGCUCUCUCUGUCUAAUUUUUCCCCUCUGUCUAGCCCCCUUUUGCCCUAGUUCUUUCGCUUUUCUUUUUUCUCGUUCUCGUCUCCCCCGCUCUCCCUCUCGCUCCCCUCUUUUGCUCUCCUGUCUAGCUCUCUCACUCUCUCUGUUUACCUCCCCUCGUCCGUCUCCCCUCUUCUGUUCCCCUGUUUUGGCCCCUCUGUCUUGGCUCUUCGCUUUUGGGUUCCCCGCUCUUUUGGUUUUGCCCUUUUCUCGUCUCCCUUUCUGUCUCCUUUGUCUCCCUUUCUCUUCUCUGCCCUCGUUUUCCCCCUCUCUCUGCCCCUCGCUCUGGGUCCGUUUCCCCCUCUCUUUUGUUCGUUUCUUCUCGCGCCCUCGCUCUCCCCUCCGGGUCUGUUCCCCUCUCUUGCCCUCACUCUUUUUUGUCUCUCUUUCAAAGUUUGCCCCUUCCCCCUCGCCCCAUCUUUUCCCUAGUUCACUUUUUCUGUUUUAGCUCUCCCGCUUUUUCUGGUCUCGCUCCCCUCUGUCUCCUUUUUCUGUCCCCACUCUCAGUCUGUGUUUCUUCCUCGCUCUCUCUGUCCACUUUUCCCGCUCCUCUUUUUCCCCUCCCCGCUCUCCUUUCGCUCUCUCGGUUCUCCCCCCUCCUUCGCUCUGUCUACUCGGCGCUCUCUUGUCUAACUCUUCCCCGCUUUCUCUGUCUCCCCGGUCUCGCUCUCUUUUGUCCCCCGGCUCCCUCUGUCAGCUCUGUCGCAUCUCGUCUCUCUUUUCCUCGUCCCCCUCUGCCCUCCGCUUUUUGUCUCGCUUCCCCGCUCUCUCUGUUCGCUCUCUCGGGUCUCGCUCCCCGCUUUUCCUCCCCCUCGCUCUCUCUGUCUAGCUCCCCUUCUGCCCUCGCCUCUCUGUCUAGUUUUUCGCCUCGCUUUUUUCUCUCGGUCUCGCUCUCUCUGUCCUCGUCUCUCUGUCUCGCUCUCUCUGUUCGCUCUCUCUUCUCCUUUUCUCUGUCUCCCCUGUCUUGCGCUCUCUGUCUUGGUCUUCGCUCCCUGUCUCGGUCUUUCUGUUUUGCUCUCUCUCUUCUCCCUCUCGGCCCUGGGUUUGCUGGGCCUCUCCUCUUUUCGGGUUCUCGUUUCCUCUCUCUCUCUGUCUCGUUUCCUCCCCUCUUGUCCCCGCUCUCUGUCUCGCUCUCUCUUUUCUGUCUCGCUCUCUCUCUUGUCGGCCCCUUUGUUUCUUGUUUUAGCUCUGUGUCGCCCCCCUCGCUCCUCUUUUGUCACUUUUCACUCUCGCUGUCUACCCUCUCUCGCUCUCCUGUCUCGCUCUCUUGCCCUCAUUUUCCCCUCGCCCCUCUCUGUCUCGCCUCUUGUCUAGCCCCUUUUUGGCGCUCUUCGCUCCCCCUUCCUGUCUGCUCUCUCUGUCUACCUUGCCCCAAUCUCCUCGCCCCGUUUUUGUUCCUCUCUCGCCUCUUUCUCACCUCUCGCUCCUGUUUUCCCUUCGCUCUCUUUCUCGCCUCGCUGUCUAGCCCUUUGCGUAUAUGCCCCCUUUUGGUUCCCCUCUUCUUGUCUGCCCCCUGGUUCUCGGUCUCGCUCUCUUUUAGCUCCUCGUUCUUUUGUUCGCUCUUUUCUUUGCCCCCUCUCGGGUCCCCGCUCUCUUUUUGUCUCGCUUUCCCCUUUUCGUCGUCUCCUCUCUCUUGGUCCCCCCUUUUGCUCUCUAUUUCUCUCUGGUCGCCUCCGAAAAUCCCCCUGUCUCCCUUCCCCUUCCCCCUCCCCCUCUGUCUAGCUCCCCCCGUCUCUCUUGUCCCCCGUCUCUUGUCUCGUCUCGCCCCUCUCUGUCAAAGCUCUAUCCGCUCUCUUUUGUCUCGCUCUCUCUGUCCCUGUCUCGCUUUUUUGUCUCACUUUUCUCGUUCUCUAUCUGGGGCCUCUCUGUCUAGCUCUGCCCCGCUCUCUCGUUUCUCCCUAUCUCUGUCUCCCCCUUUCGCUCUCUCCCUCCUCUUCCCUCUCUCGCUUUCUGUCUACUCUCCGCUCUCUGUCUCACUCUCCCCGCUCUCGUUUUCGCCCCUUCUGUCAGCUCUGUCGCUAUUCGCCCCUCUCUCACUCUUUUCGCUCUCUGUCUCGCUCUUCUGUCUCGCUCUCUCUUUCUCACCUCUCGCCCCUCCUUUCUCCUUUUUGCCCUAGUUUCUCUCGCUCUCUCGUCUCGUCCCCCUUUUGUCUCGCUCUCUCUGUCUCGCUCCCCCCGGUUCCCCCCGCUUUCCCCCGGCCCCCCGUCUCUCUCUCGGGUUCUCGCUCUUGUCUCGCUCUUCCUGUUAGUCUGCCGCCCCUCUCGCUCCUUGUUAGAUCUCACCCCUUUUCCUGUCUAGCUGUUCGCUCUCUCUGUUCGCUCUCUCGUCUCACUUUUCUCGCUCUCUCUGUUUUCUCACUCUUGCCCCUUCUGUCUCGCUCUUCCCCCCGUCUCUCUGUCCGUCUCUCUUUUUUAUCCCCUUGGUGCUCUUAACUCUCCCCGUCUCCCUGUCUCACUUUUCCGCCCCCGUCCACCCCCCCCGCUCCUUUUUUGGAUCGGUGCUUUUGCCCCUUUUUUUUUCCCCCCCCCCCCCCCCCCCCCCCCCCCCCCCCCCCCCCCCCCCCCCCCCCCCCCCCCCUCCCCCCCCCCCCCCCCCCCCCCCCCCCCCCCCCCCCCCCCUUUUUUCUCACUCUUCGCUCUCGGGUCUCGCUCUCUCUGCCCCUCGUCUCUCUGUCUCACCUCUUCCCCCCUCGCUCGCUCUUUCUAGCUCUUCGCUCCCCUCGGUCUCGCUCCCUUGUCCGCUCCCCUCUUUUCCCCGGCUCCCCCUUUUCUCGCUCUCUCCUCUCGAUGUUCUUGCUCUCUUCCCUGUUCUCGUUCUUUCUUUCCCGCUUUUCUCCUUCCUCUCGGGAAAUCCUCGUCACCCCUUGUCAGUUAUCUCUCUUUACCCUUGGUCACUCUCUCUUUUCCCUUCCCCCUUCUGUUUUGUUCUCUUGCCUCUCUUUUCUCUUGGGCUCUGCCAGCAGGAGUACUCUGAUCUGGGCUUCUGUCUCUCCCCGGGCCCCCAACAGACGUUUGCCUUUUUAUGUAAAUUAAAAAAAAUUUCUUUUUCCAUUUUUAAGUCGUUUCGCCCCGAUGGGGGUUUGGGGGUUACAUGUGUGGGGUUAAAAAAGGUCGGAAAAAGUGGGGGGUUUCGUAGAAAAACCCCCGGGUACAGGGUGUGACUGUAAGUGCAUGUUAAUUUUUUAAAAUUAAAAUUUGUGAAUUUACAAGGGGUGUGUGUUUGGGUGAAAGACAAAUAAGCCCUUGGGGUCAAGCCAACAUCCAUCACUUGGAACAAUGAUGCAUUGUGGGUAUGAACAAAUUUUUUGUUUUAAACAGUCCAUGAUACCCCAUUUUUUCUCCCCAAGGGAAAAACCAUAGAAAGGUCGGGGGUCUGUCGUGUUUUUGGGCCUUUUCCUGUUUGUGUGGGGGGUUUGUGUGUUGUGCAUCACUGAAGUCAAAAGACCCACAAUCUCGCUUUUCUAAACCCCCUUUACCACGGGCCCCAAUUUCGGGUGUUUUCCCAAAGGCCCGAGGGGAUUGUGAGGGGGUUUGGUUGAAAGUGAAAGGUGGUCCCGAAAAGAGAAAGAGUUUGCACCGCCCCCAAAAAUCCGGAGCCUGGGGUUUUCCCGUUCUCCCUGAUUCUUUAAAUUGCACCCACUUUUUUUCCCCAAAGGGCCCAAAAUCUUUCCCCUUGUUCGAGGGAAACAAAAAAAAAAAAGGCAGGUGAACUGGCUCGUUUCCCAGAGUUGGGGUUAAAGGGGCCCUAACAAAAUAUUUUAAAAAAUGUAAUCUAGAAAAUUUAAAGAGAGAUGUUUGCCCUACUGAUAAAUCGAAAUCAAACAGGGUGUCUUUUUAGAGAUGAAUCCGGGCCCUCUAUUGGUUGUUUUGAGCCCUAAAUUUUCCCCCCCUUGCCCUCCCUUUCUGAGGCCCCUAACCUACCCCCCCUCCCCGCCUUGUUUUGCCCCCCCCAACAACCCGGGGGCCCUGCCUCGAUCCCCAAAAAAAUAAAAACCCCCAAAAAAGGGCUUACCCCCAAAAAAAAACCCCAAAAAACCCCUCCCUGCCCUUGUUUUCCCAAAAAACACUACCCCCGGCCCGCCUCGGGUUUCCCCUUAAAAACUAAAACCCCUUGCCCUGCCUUGCCCCCAAAAAACACAACCCCCCUGCCUGCCUUAAAUGCCCCUAAAAACAAAACCCCCUACCCUGCCUCUGUUUCCCUAACACUACCCCACUCCCCGCCUUGACCCCCCCCCCCCAAAAAAAAAAACCCAAAAAACCCUCCCCUUUUGAUCCCCUAAAAUAAAAACCCCGGGCCCUUUUCCCCUUGUUUUUGCCCUAACACUACACCCCUGCCCUGCCUCUGAUGCCCAAACACUACACCCCUGCCCUGCCUCUGAUGCCCUAACACUACACCCCUGCCCUGCCUCUGAUGCCCUAACACUACACCCCUGCCCUGCCUCUGAUGCCCUAACACUACACCCCUGCCCUGCCUCUGAUGCCCUAACACUACACCCCUGCCCUGCCUCUGAUGCCACACUACACACUAACACCCCCUGCCCUGCCUCUGAUGCCCUAACACUACACCCCUGCCCUGCCUCUGAUGCCCUAACACUACACCCCUGCCCUGCCUCUGAUGCCCUAACACUACACCCCUGCCCUGCCUCUGAUGCCCUAACACUAUACAACACCCUGCCCUGCCUCUGAUGCCCUAACCACAACACCCCUGCCCUGCUCUGAUGCCCUAACACUACACCCCUGCCCGGCCUCUGAUCUCUAACACUACACUCCCUGCCUCUAUCCCUCCUCACUCCACCCUCCUCCAUCCUCGUCUUCCUAUCCUCUACUCCUUGCAGAGGGGGGAUGGCGUAGAUAUCGGUAGAGGAGGAGAGCGCAUGAGGAGGAGAUUUAGUCUGUAUCGAGGUCGAGUUCUUCUUUUCGGCUUCUAGAUUCUCCUCUCUUCUAUUCUUCUCUCUUUUUAUCUGCUUCCUCAUGCUUCUCUUCUCUCCUCGUUCUCUUCUCUUCUCUCUCUUCUCUUCUCUUCUCUUCUCUUCUCUUCUCUCCACCAUGAAUGUGCCUGUUAUUGCUGUUCCUGCCUCUCCGUCUCCGUUCUCAGUGUCAAAGUAAGAGAAGAAGAAAACGAUGGAGAAAAUACCCCGAAUUAAGUUACAAAAAAAAAAAAAAGUUUUAUCCAGAGGUGAGGGAGAGUCUGGUUUGAUGAAUAACGAAGAGGAAAAGAGCUAAAAACUCACUUCAGAUAGAUAGACUUGCUCCGUGUGUGUUCUCCCCCUCAGGUAGUUUAGAUAUGGGGAGAGGAGGAAAGAGAGGGAGGGGGGAUAUAAACACAGAUUUGGAAAAUAAUGCAAGCUCUCUCUUGUGUUCUCUGAACCCAAACUCUGCCUACCCCCAGACGCCGAUUGCUAACGAACGCUAGUGGCGUUUUGCUAACAGCCUAAACAGCACUGUAUGCAGGCCUGGGCUGGCUAGGGAGAUUGGAUAACUUAGUUUUGCUCCCCUGUGUUGAUGUGCACCUUCAGUUAGUCCGUGACCUAUUGAGGUUGGCCAAGAGAAGCUAGGAGAAGCCUAGUGGGCAGUAAAUAGUAGAGAGGGUUUGAGGUGCUCUGUCUUUCUGUCUUUCUCUGUUUCUCUCUCUCUCUCUCUUUCUCUGUCUCUCCCUUUCUGUCUCUCUCUAUGGAUCUUUGUGUCUCUCUCUCUCUCUCAAUUCAAUUCAAAUGGGCUUUAUUUGUCUCUCUCGCUCUCCCUUUCUCUCUCGCUAUGGCUCUUUUGUCUCUUAGGGAGGCAGGGUUGAGUAGGGCUGUCACUCAGGUGAUCGACUACAGCCACUUGACUUGGCCCAUGCAGAAAAGGCCUUUGUCUUGUCAAACAAACACACACACACACACAGGAUUGUUCUAGCCUUUGGCGUGUGUGUGAUUGCUCAAAUCCUUCAACAUAUGAGUUUGUCCUCUGCUCUUGGAUCUUGUGGGAGUGUGUAUGACCUUCUGGUGAAUGUGAUGACUGUCUCUUCCUCCGUCUCUACUAGGCUGGAGAGUAAAAACGCCCCAGCUUACACUACUGGCUACUUUCUAAUCCUCCUCUUUUCAUCUCUCCCUCCCUGCUCCCUCUCUUCCCUUCUCGUGUCCUCUGCCUCCCUCCUUUCUUUGUAUUCCUUUCUCUCCCUGUCCUGCCUCUAACCACCUCUCUCUCUACCCCCUCCAUUUCUCUCUCGUCCUCUCUCUUUCUCUCUCCUUCCGUCUAUCUCUCUCCCUGCAGAAGUCUUCUGAUGCUGCUGCCUCCUCUACCUCUCCCGCCUCGCAGGCUGCUGAGAAGAACAGACAGGAGGUCUGAUGUUUUGCCGUCGUGCCACCCGGUGUUAAAAGCUGCUUCUCUGUGCUGAUCCUUUCUGUGUGCUGGGGUCUGCUUUGCUGUGGUGCUCUUUCUUGUAAUGGUUUUCCAAUGCCCCCUCAUCACAUACACUUACCGGUCAAAAGUUUUAGAACACCUACUCAUUCAAAAGUAUAGCAGCCUCCAUUAUUCAACCUCUUUACCACAGCAUUGAUUUGGGAUUGAGAUAUCUCCUGCCAUCCUUACCACACACACAUACAACCCCCACACACUACACACUGUCAUGCAUGCGCACACACACAAUGUGUACUUGAGGGGAAAGUAAUGUACACUACCGGUCAAAGGUUUUAGAACACCUACUCAUUCUACUACUCAAGGGUUUUUCUUUAUUUUUACUAUUUUCUACAUUGUAGAAUAAUAGUGAAGACAUCAAAACUAUGAAAUAACACAUAUGGAAUCAUAUAGUAACCAAAAAAGUGUUAAACAAAUCAAAAUAUCAAUUUGAGGUCGGGGGAUUGUGGAGGCCAGGUCAUCUGAUGCAGCACUCAUCACUCUCCUUCUUGGUAAGGUAGCCCUUACAUUGUCCUGUUGAAAAACAAAUGAUAGUCCCACAAAGCCCAAACCAGAUGGGAUGGUGUAUCGCUGCAGAAUGCUAUGGUAGCCGUGCUGGUUAAGUGUGCCUUGAAUUCUAAAUGAAUCACUGACAAAUCAAAUCAAAUCAAAUUGUAUUUGCCACAUGCACCGAAUACAACAGGUGUAGACAUUACCGUGAAAUGCUUACUUACAGCCCUUAACCAACAAUACAUUUAUUUUUUUAUAAAAAAGUAAAAUAAAACGACAACAACAAAAAAGUGUUGAGGGAAAAAAAGAGCAGAAUUAAAAUAAAAUAACAGUAGGGAGGCUAUAUAUACAGGGGGGUACCGGUGCAGAGUCAAUGUGCGGGGACACCGGCUAGUUGAGGUAAUAUGUACAUGUGGGUAGAGUUAAAGUGACUAUGCAUAAAUAAUUAACAGAGUAGCAGCAGCGUAAAAAGAUGGGGUGGGGGUGGGGGGGCAGUGCAAAUAGUCCGGGUAGCCAUGAUUAGCUGUUCAGGAGUCUUAUGGCUUGGGGGUAGAAGCUGUUGAGAAGCCUUUUGGACCUAGACUUGGCACUCCGGUACAGCUUGCCGUGUGGUAGCAGAGAGAACAGUCUAUGACUAGGGUGGCUGGAGUCUUUGACAAUAUUGAGGGCCUUCCUCUGACACUGCCUGGUAUAGAGGUCCUGGAUGCCAAGAAGCUUGGCCCCAGUGAUGUACUGGGCCGUACGCACUACCUUCUGUAGUGCCUUGCGGUCGGAGGCCGAGCAGUUGCCAUACCAGGCAGUGAUGCAACCGAUGGUGCAGCUGUAGAACUUUUUGAGGAUCUGAGGACAGUGUCACCAGCAAAGCACCCCCACACCAUAACACCUCCUCCUCCAUGCUUUACGGUGGGAAAUACACAUACGGAGAUCAUCCGGUCACCCACACCGCGUCUCACAAAGACACGGCGGUUGGAACCAAAAAUCUCAAAUUUGGACUCCAGACCAAUGUCCAUUGCUCGUGUUUCUUGGCCCAAGCAAGUCUCUUCUUCUUAUUGGUGUCCUUUAGUAGUGGUUUCUUUGCAGCAAUUUGACCAUGAAGGCCUGAUUCACACAGUCUCCUCUGAACAGUUGAUGUUGAGAUGUGUCUGUUACUUGAACUCUGUGAAGCAUUUAUUUGGGCUGCAAUUUCUGAGACUGGUAACUCUAAUGAACUUAUCCUCUGCAACAGAGGUAACUCUGGGUCUUCCAUUCCUGUGGCGGUCCUCAUGAGAGACAGAUUCAUCAUAGCCCUUGAUGGUUUCUGCGACUGCACUUGAAGAAACUUUCAAAGUUCAUGAAAUGUUCCGUAUUGACUGACAAAGUAAUGAUGGACUGUCGUUUCUCUUUGCUUAUUUGAGCUGUUCUUGCCAUAAUAUGGACUUGGUCUUUUACCAAAUACGGCUAUCUUCUGUAUACCUUGACAAAACACAACUGAUUGGCUCAAACGCAUUAAGAAGGAAAGAAAUUCCACAAAUUAGCUUUUAAGAAGGCACACCUGUUAAUUGAGAUGCAUUCCAGGUGACUACCUCAUGAAGCUAGUUAGAGAAUGCCAAGAGUGUGCAAAGCUGUCAUCAAGGCAAAGGGUGGCUAUUUGAAAAAUCUCUAAUAUAUUUAGAUUUGUUUAACACUUUUUUGGUUACUACAUGAUUCCAUAUGUGUUAUUUCAUAGUUUUGAUGUCUUCACUAUUAUUCUACAAUGUAGAAAAUAGUAAAAAUAAAGAAAAACCCUUGAAUGAGUAGGUGUUCUAAAACCUUUGACCGGUAGUGUACAUUACUUUCCCCUCAAGUACACAUUGUGUGUGUGCGCAUGCAUGACAGUGUGUAGUGUGUGUGGGGGUUGUAUGUGUGUGUGGUAAGGAUGGCAGGAGAUAUCUCAAUCCCAAAUCAAUGCUGUGGUAAAGAGGUUGAAUGGUUGAAUAAUGGAGGCUGCUAUAGCACCAAGGCACCAGCCCUCUGCCCCUCAUUAGGCAGACUGACUCACACAGACAACCACCAAGCUUGUAUAAUAACUCCAUAUGAGAUUUUGAUUGCUCAUAAUGACACUAAAUGGUUCCACAAGAGGUCGGCUGAAAGAGAAGGUGUGAAUUUCUAAAUGGGUCUGUGUGAGCAUAGCUGAAUCACUUCUCUUGCUGUGCGUCUGUGACUGUGUAUUAACGGAUAGGGGGUAAACCUAUUUUUGGGAGUUUUUCAAACCCUGUUUAAUUUGUUUGUGUAUGUUUUGUUAGACUGCAUGUACCCACUGCAUGUCCCUAUACAGGUGUAGUCUUGAAUGCGUUGAAAUUGCUGACCUAACCUCCAGUGUCUCUUUCUUGAUAGAAGGAACGAGAGAAGAAGAAGAGGGAGAAGGAGGUAGUGAACAGACCAAGCUCCUCUGAGGUAAAGAUAAAGGGAGAGGGAGGAAGUGGGAUAGAUUUAUAGAGACCCUCUGAGGAAAACCAUGCUAGACGUGGUUGUGGUGAUAUGACAUGUACAGUGUGUGUGAGCAGGUGUGCAUUAUGCAUAUUCUGUCACAGUAGUUUGGGGUCAUGGUAAGUCACAUGUGUGUGUGUGUGUGUUUAUGUGCGCGCUGACUCAUGCAUGCUUGUGGAGCUUUUUGAAUUCUGAGUGAGUGGCAUUAGGACUUGGUGAGAAAUGCAGAUUUAGUGGCGUGUGUGUGCGUAUUCUGGGUCAUAGUUAGUUAUGUGAAUAAUUCCAUGGCUGUGGAAUAGGGUAGUGUGUCAGGGUUUAUACAGUGAUGAUGGGGCUGGCUGCCCACAGGGAAUAACACACCCACAAAGACACUUCUGUACUGUACCCAGGUUAUACUGAACACUACCCAUACUGAACACACACUGAACAUUCCUUAGUUCUGUUGCUGAACAUCCACUACUCAACACACACUGAACAAAGCCUGAACACUGCUCAUAGUCUUAACUGAACCCUUACUGAACAUAAACUACUCUUACAGAACAUGGAACAUCCAGUCCUCUUACUGCAGACACAGGGAACUAAAUCCUACCUUCAGUUCCAUAUUUGUGACUCAGAAAGUCAAAACGACUUACUGAACACACACUGAGUAAUCCAAUAGUUUUACUGAGCACACACCAGCUAGCCACAGUUCUAUUUGAACACUUUUAAUGAUGCCAGAGUGAGUGACCCGGCGAGUGUGUCGUUUUCUGACCCCACCCGACCCUGUCAGAGCCCCAGACUCAAGGCAAAGCAUGGUAGGAAUCAGAAAGUGGAAGAAUGUGCCCUCUGUGCUGACCUGCAGUCUGAGAGCAGAUUGAUUGAAGUGUGUUUGUGUGGGCGGGCGUGCGUGCGGGAUCCUGUGUGUGUGUUCUCAUGCGUGUGUGUGCACCGCUGUGUGUGUGUCAGUCUAUGUGAUGCAUGUAUGACGAAGUGUGUGUUGUGUAUUUGCAGUUCACUUGCUCAUCUCUGUUCCUCACUUCUGCUUAUCAGCUGGGCUCCAGCUGUCGAUGGGACCCAGUGUCAAGGAGAUAGUUGUGUGUGUGAGGCCAUUGUAGGCACAUUUCUAUACGUGUGUGUGUGCUUGUGUGUUUCUUUGCGUAUACUCUAUAUGCGCUCAAGGGUGUGGGUGUGUGUGUGUGUGUGUGUGUGCUAACAUGCUGAAAGCUUGUUAAUCUCAGAGAGGAUAGCAGAAGAAAACAUGCUGACAGCCUGGCUUCUCUCUCUCUCUCUCCUCUCUCUCUCUCUCUCUCUCUCUCUCUCUCUCUCUCUCUCUCUCUCUCUCUCUCUCUCUCUCUCUCUCUCUCUCUCUCUCUCUCUCUCUCUCUCUCUCUCUCUCUCUGAGAAGUAAAAAUAACACACUCGCUCUCUAAAUGGUUGCAUACACACGCACUAAUGGUCCUCACUCUCACACUGAAUCCGGUUAUACAACACUCCAGCAGGGUAUAGGAGGAUGGGGGAAGGAGGGGGGCUUUUAGAAUAAGCAGCAGGAGUUCAAGGUAAAGGAGGAUGGAGGGAGGCGGUGUGUCUUAGAGAUGGGACUUAGAAACAGCUUUAUGCUGCUUUUAAAAAUGAAUUCAUAUGCAGUCAUAUCGCUACACACUGCAUGGCAUUUCACACCAUCACAUGAAGCACUGGAUAUGUAUGUGAAUCUGUCAAUCAAUCUACCAAUCAAUCAAUCACACACAAAUUAUGUUUAAAGCUACCUCUGUUCCAUAGCUAACCCUAAAGGUACAUCACAAUAUUAACAUAGACACUUCACAAUGCAAGUGCCAUCAUCUCACAUUUGAAUAUAACCUACAUAUUUGUUGAUGUAGCCGCUAGGCAUAUCAUGUGUUUUCAGACAGAUAAAGUAUGUGUAGAUCCUAUGCAUUGCACUAUAUCCCAUGUAUCCUGCAGCUGUAAAUAUAGCCUACUUAAUGCCCUUGAGUAUAGAGGCCUAGUCCACUCAGCCGUCCCAAGCCAUACCGACUAGCCUAACUCGGUAUUUUAGAUGAUUCAGAGAUGGUGGCAAGAUAUGGUAUAAUUAAGCAAUAAGGCCAGAAGGGGUGUGCUAUAUGGCCAAUAUAUCACAGCUAAGGGCUGUUCUUAUGCACGACGCAACGUGGAGUGCCUGGAUACAGCCCUUAGCCGUGGUAUAUUGGCCAUAUACCACAAACUCCUGAGGUGUCUUAUUGCUAUUAUAAACUGCUUAACAACAGAAUUAGAGCAGUAACAAUAAUGUUUUGUCAUACCCGUGGUAUAUGGUCUGAUAUACCACAGCUGUCAUCCAAUCAGCAUUCAGGGCUCGAACCACCCAGUUUAUAAUCGAUGUUAUGAGAUAUGGGUGCAGUGACAUCCCUGACUAUGCUGUUCUCAUGAGUUGCACAGUCUGGGGUUUAGAUGCUUUUCUAUUAGGUAGCCCUGGCAGAUAGAUACUAGAUAAUGUUUUGAUGUGGUGAUCCAGUAGAUAAGACUGCAUAAACCUAGGCCCAGCUGUAUAGACUGGGUAAUGAAUAACAUCUGGAAGCUGUUUGGUAACUUAUCUACAUCCUUCUGCAUCUGGCAGCCUACCGAGAAGGAUUAUCAUUAAGACUCUCCCUUCGCUAUUGAAGGCUGGGUAAGCUGUGGCGUUCUCACCACACACACACACACACACACACACACACACACACACACACACACACAUUCAACACACAUUCAACACACGUGUCACUCUUUCUUUUCCAUCUCUCCAUCCCACCCACUCUUCCUCACCCCUCUCAUCUUUCUCCCCUUCCUUUUCUCGCUCCAUCUGUACUCUCUUCCGCCCUCCUUUCUCUAUCUCUCUCUAUCACCCUCCCCCACCUCUCUCUCUGUAUGUCCACUGCCUGUGGGCUGUAAUUAAGCUCUAGCCAUGAUUCUGUCCUAGCAGCAUCUGCUGGCUUCUCUCUCUGCCCUCUCUCAUUGGCUGAACUGGCUGAGUGCAAAGCCAGUGUGACACCUGCAGUGAGUAUGCAUGUGCGUGUGAUAGUGUGUGUAACGUGAGGGAGGGAGGAGGGGUGGUGAGGAGGUGGGUUUUAUUGGGAGGGGGAAGGGUACAGAGAGAGGGAGUGAUGAGAGGGACCAAAUGUACACACGCACACUACACUGCAGUAGCAUGUUGAGGUAGGAGCAUAUACUGCAGUAGCAUGUUGAGGUAGGAGCAUAUACUGCAGUAGCAUGUUGAGGUAGGAGCAGAUACUGCAGUAGCAUGUUGAGGUAGGAGCAUAUACUGCAGUGGCGUGAUUUUUAGGUGAUACACACACACACAGGUGUGUUGCCUUGGGCAUAGACAGCCUGUGGGGUAGUGGGUGGUAGCAUGUAGUCCCUCUAUCUCUCCUUUCCACUCAAUCUAUCACUCACAAGCUUUUCUGUUCUUUAUCAGUUUCUGUCUCGCUGUCUCUCUCCCUUUCUUCCUCCUCCCUCUCUCUCUCUCUCGCUCCCUCCUCCCCAUCUCUCUUACUCUCUCUGUUUCUCUCCCCCUCACCAAACAGCAAGAAGUCUCCCUCCCAUCGGAGUGGAAAGCGUAUGUUUUCUUUUUCUUUUCAGGCCAUGAAUAAAAUAUCAAAGGAGAACAAGUGAUGUUUCCUGCAUAGGAAGUUGCGGUGUGGUCUUUUGUGUGUGUGUGUGACAGCCACUGUAACAGUCUGCGGAUUUAGGGGUACUUUAUCAGGGAGAGAGGGGCACAGACAUCUGGACGGGGAUGGGCUCUGGGAGGGAGAUGGGAUACAACACACACAGAGAGAGACGGACUUCACAUACAUGCUACACCAUGUGCCAUCUCUGGUCGAUGGGAGUUAGUUUGAGCAAAUGGUGUGAAGGGCGCUCUAAGGAGCGGUAUCCUCUGACUAACAGCAUACCCUCUUGCAUGCGUACACACACACACACACACACACACACAGGCAACCCAACGAGUAGCAUCCUGUGACUAACAACUGCCUCCCCGCCUCACACACAGAGGCAGCCCUCUUCUCGCAGUGGGGGGGUUAGCAGGCCGUGGAUCGAUAGCGUAGCCACAGGGAGGCUAAUCAAUAGCCUGGAUUGACACUGCUGGAGUAGGAGGAUCAGCUAAGACGGUUUCCCAACCCCCAGUCCCCCACUAUAUCUCGAAUGCUCACAACGUUUUUUAAAAAUCGGAAUUUCCAGUGUGUAUGUGUGAGUGGUCCAUCCACAAUCAGCUCAGCAUUGACCUCAAUUGGUCUUUGACUGAUGACUGACUCAAACUGCAUUUGCUCUGUUUCCGUGAAGCCAAGAGAUAAGCAUUUCUAAAGCCUUUUGUGUAAAAACUCCUAAUUAAAACUUUAUCGCUCGCAGACAGACAGGGAGCGAAAGACCACAUAUCGCCCUUUGUGCUAGCGCUGAAGUUAGUAUUAGCGGAGAUAGCAUCUCUCUCUCACUCACACUCACACACACACACACACACACAGUAUUGCAAUAUACAAACACAGACACACACACACACAGCGUCGCAAUACAGACACACUCACAGUACACACACACACCAAAUAGUCUCUAAAUCGGGGUUGUACUAACGUUUUUCAUGACCCCCCUCUGUGCGGUUGAACUGGGAUUGGGUGUAAAAAGCCAUCAAUCCAAUUACUUUAUGCAAAGUGACCAAGUGGUGUUUUAUAAUAAGAACAAAAUAGGAAAACAGGGCUGUGUUCACUAGCAGUGCUCUGAGCAUAUCACGUAGCCUAGUGGUUAGUGCGUUGUGCCAGUAACCAAAAGGUUGCUAGUUCGAAUCCAUGAGCCCAGAAGGUGGAAAGAAAUCUGUCGAUCUGCCCUUGAGCAAGGCACUUGCUCCUAAUUGUGCGUCCUCAAUAAUGGCUUAUCCGUGGCCGUGACCCCACUCUCCAAGGGUGUCUCGGGAAGUUGGGAUAUACAAAAACACAUUUUUCAAUUCACACCUCACACUUGAUGUCGGUCUUUGAUGUAGGAAUAGCCAAAAGAUGGAGAGAGAGGUAGCUUUAGUGUGAGAUCACUCCCACUGUUUCUGAAUGGUCCUCUCAUCAGCUCUGAGUGUGCACUGUGUGAGUGUGCACUGUGUGAGUGUGCACUGUGUGAGUGUGCACUGUGUGUGUGUGCACUGUGUGUGUGUGUGUGCACUGUGUGUGUGUGUGUGCACUGUGUGUGUGUGCACUGUGUGUGUGUGCACUGUGUGUGUGUGCACUGUGUGUGUGUGCACUGUGUGUGUGUGCACUGUGUGUGUGUGUGCACUGUGUGUGUGUGUGACGUCACGCAUCAACUCCCAAACACUGGCCCUGACCUUUCCUCAACAAUAUAGUAGACUCCAGAGGGCGUGAAAAUGGUGUGUGUGCGCGCGAUUCCUGCAGAUCUGCGGCUCUAACUAAGGGACUUUUCCCUGACUGUCAGAUGAAUUUAGCUCUAGAAGAAAGACUCCUGUGUGGCAGGCAGCUUAGGAUCUUCCCUAUGUGACAAAACCUCUUAGAGAAGAUGUGUGUGUGUGUGUGUGUGUGUGUGUGUUGAGCAUCAGACUGUCAGAGGCUGUUAAAGUCCGUCAGGCUGCAGCGGUUCUGCACCAUUCACCACAGUAACACUCCGUCACCCCCAAAUUCCACUACACACACACAAACAUCAAACAACCAACACGCCCAGCCCAGAGAGACAUUGCAGAAGCCCUGGAUUUGAUGAAUAAUGGUUGUGUUGUGGUUCAGGUGUGUUCCAAAAUAGGUUUCUAGUAAGGCCAUGGUUUUGAAAGCUAUUUUGUGUUUCAACUUUAGCUUCGAUAUAAUAUACUGUACAGCUCUGGAAAAAAGUAAGAGACCACUGCAAAAUUAUCAGUUUCUCUGGUUUUACUAUUUAUAGGUAUGUGUUUGGGUAAAAAUAACAUUUUUGUUUUAUUCUAUAAACCACUGACAACAUUUCUCCCAAAUUCCAAAUAAAAAUAUUGUCAUUUAGAGCAUUUAUUUGCAGAAAAUGACAACUGGUCAAAAUAACAAAAAAGAUGCAGUGUUGUCAGACCUCGAAUAAUGCAAAGAAAAUAAGUUCAUGUUCAUUUUUAAACAACACAAUACUAAUGUUUUAACUUAAGAAGAGUUCAGAAAUCAAUAUUUGGUGGAAUAACCCUGAUUUUCAAUCACAGCUUUCAUGCGUCUUGGCAUGCUCUCCACCAGUAUUUCACAUUGAUGUUGGGUGACUUUAUGCCAUUCCUGGCGCAAAAAUUCAAGCAGCUUUGUUUGAUGGCUUGUGACCAUCCAUCUUCCUCUUGAUCACAUUCCAGAAGUUUUCAAUGGGGUUCAGGUCUGGAGAUUGGGCUGGCCAUGACAGGGUCUUGAUCUGGUGGUCCUCCAUCCACACCUUGAUUGACCUGGCUGUGUGGCAUGGCGCAUUGUCCUGCUGGAAAAACUAAUCCUCAGAGUUGUGGAACAAUGUCAGGCAAAAGUAAGCAAGUUUUCUUCCAGGACAACCUUGUACGUGGCUUGUUUCAUGCGUCCUUCACAAAGACAAAUCUGCCCGAUUCCAGCCUUGCUGAAGCACCCCCAGAUCAUCACCGAUCCUCCACCAAAUUUCACAGUGGGUGCGAGACACUGUGGCUUGUAGGCCUCUCCAGGUCUACGUCUAACCAUUAGACGACCAGGUGUUGGGCAAAGCUGAAAAUUUAACUCAUCAGAGAAGAUGACCUUACUCCAGUCCUCUACGGUCCAAUCCUUAUGGUCUUUUGCAAACCUCAGCCUGGCUCUUCUUUGCUUCUCAUUGAUGAAGGGCUUUUUUCUAGCUUUGCACGACUUCAGCCCUGCCCCUAGGAGCCUGUUUCGAACCGUCCUCGCCGUGCACUUCACCCCAGCUGCCGUUUGCCAUUAUUUUUGUAGGUCACUUGAUGUCAUCCUACAGUUGAGUGACAUUCGAAUGAGUUGGCGGUCAUCCUCGUCAGUAGUCGUUUUCGCCCUCUGCCGGUCUGUAGCUUUGUUGUCCCCAAUGUCUGCUGCUUGACCUUGUUCUUAUGAACCGCCGUCUUUUACAUUUUAAGGAUGGAAGCAACCUGACGCUCACUGUAUCCCUCUGCCAGUAAAGCCAGAAUUUAACCCUUCUUUUCCUCACUCAAAACUUUCCUUUUCAACUCUUUUGGCAUGGUCAAUAGUUCUUUUUUGAUUAAUAUUACUUUUGAGGUCCUAUUAGCACAGUUUUUUUCCAUCCAGCUGGUCCUAUUGCAAGAGGAUAGUGAUGACCACAGCAGUGGUUUUUAUACUUUUCCUCGUUAAAUAAGAUUUGGUUCAGGUGAUCACCUAAUCAGUACCUAAUUCAGUAAAAUGAGGUGUGCCUGUGUUGGAAUUCAACAGACACUGGAAUGGAAUGGCUGUCAUACAUAUAGAGAUGCUGAUUUUAAGAAAAAUUUGCAGUGGGCUCUUAAUUUUUUCCAGAGCUGUAUAUGGUGUUGCUAUGGAGCUGUGUGGACUUCUUUUGAUGAUGGCUUAAUAUAUCUUACGUUGAAGCUUCAGUGUCAGUGCUCUCCUAUUUCCUAAUGCCCUUUGUUGCCAUUUAGUUUUACUAAAGAGCAUUUUAAAGUCGUAAAGUCUCUUCCCUUUCUCUAUUUGUCUCUCCAUUCCGGGGCUGUCUUGGCACACAUCUCCAGACAGUGGCAGCGUUAUUAUUCUCUUUUGUAAUGUUAAUAAGGUAGCUGUCAGGCUGGCUGGUGACAUCCUUGUGUGACAGGCAGCUAGCGGGGCCAGACUCCCAGACUAUUUGUUUAUCUCCUGCUAGAGCUUUUUUUUCCCAAGAUGAGGAGUUUCCCAGUAUCAGGGAUCUGUGUACACAGCUUCUUCUCCACUGUGAUGGUAGUGUGUAGGGUUUGGUCGUCUUGGUUGGUUUGUUUAGGCUCUCUAGCGCAUGGAGGUUUGCUGUUCUUUCCUAGUCCGUAGUAUAUUGAUUUCUGCUGGUAUGUUUUUGGUUGGGUUAGUUUGUGCUGUUCUUUGCUAGAACAACAUUUCGGUCUAUGUCUGCUUUUUAGCUUUGUGUAGACUGUGGACGUUUACCUUGUGGGCUUUUCCUGCUUUUGACUGUACUCCUACUUGGUAUGCAGUUCUGAGCUGCUCUGCUGUAGGUGUGAAGGUGAUGAUAGUGGAUGUGGAAGAGCGUGUUUAGCUGUUGAUUACAAUGCUCACUUUGUUUGCCUGGUGUUGCUGGAGUUUAAUCGUUCCCUGGCCUCACCUCAGAUUAGGAAUCCACUGUCAACAACAACUAGGCCUGGUCCUGAGAGUCUAAUUGCCAAUCACAAAUGAGAGCCAGUCCUUACAUCCGAUCACAAUUUAGAGCCAUCCCUGAUAACCAAUCAAUAACUAGAGCCAGUCCUUACAUCCAGUCACAAUCUAGAGCCAGCCCUGAGAUCCAAUCACCAACUAGAAUCAGCGGUGAAGGCCAAUUACAAUCGGUCAUUCCCGAUUCCUAGAGAUGUGAACCGUUUAUUUGAGAUGACAUUUGCCAAGUGUGUCUGUGUUUCAGAAUGACUACUGUAGGCCUUUCUCUAGCGCAAAGGUCCAAUGCAGCUGUUUUUAUCUCAAUAUCAAAUAAUUUCUGGGUAACAAUUAAGUAUCUUAUUGUGAUUGUUUCUUUUUCACCAUUUAAAUAGAAAACACAAAUAGCUUAUUAGCAAAGAGCAAUUUCUCAACCAAGAAUUUUGCUAGGACUGUCUGGGAGUGGUCUGAGUAGGGAGGGGAAAACAGAAAACUGGCUGUUAUUGGCAGAGGUUUGUAACUCUCUUUCUUAAUGGUCUAUUAACUAAUUUACCGCCUGGUGAUGUCAUCAGGCAGGCCAAAACUUCAUCCCACCAAAACAGGCUGACAUUUCAGUCUUUUAAAACAGCUCUUGCACUAAAAGGGCAGUAUCAUCAAUUUCACAGUAUUAAUCCAACCUCACAGUGUGACUAUAUCCAUCUAUAUAUAUAUAUAUAUAUAUACAUACACAGUGGGGGAAAAAAGUAUUUAGUCAGCCACCAAUUGUGCAAGUUCUCCCACUUAAAAAGAUGAGAGGCCUGUAAUUGUCAUCAUAGGUACACGUCAACUAUGACAGACAAAAUGAGAAGAAAAAAAGUCCAGAAAAUCACAUUGUAGGAUUUUUUAUGAAUUUAUUUGCAAAUUAUGGUGGAAAAUAAGUAUUUGGUCAAUAACAAAAGUUUCUCAAUACUUUGUUAUAUACCCUUUGUUGGCAAUGACACAGGUCAAACGUUUUCUGUAAGUCUUCACAAGGUUUUCACACACACUUGCUGGUAUUUUGGCCCAUUCCUCCAUCCAGAUCUCUUCUAGAGCAGUGAUGUUUUGGGGCUGUCGCUGGGCAACACGGACUUUCAACUCCCUCCAAAGAUUUUCUAUGGGGUUGAGAUCUGGAGACUGGCUAGGCCACUCCAGGACCUUGAAAUGCUUCUUACGAAGCCACUCUUUCGUUGCCCGGGCGGUGUGUUUGGGAUCAUUGUCAUGCUGAAAGACCCAGCCACGUUUCAUCUUCAAUGCCCUUGCUGAUGGAAGGAGGUUUUCACUCAAAAUCUCACGAUACAUGGCCCCAUUCAUUCUUUCCUUUACACGGAUCAGUCGUCCUGGUCCCUUUGCAGAAAAACAGCCCCAAAGCAUGAUGUUUCCACCCCCAUGCUUCACAGUAGGUAUGGUGUUCUUUGGAUGCAACUCAGCAUUCUUUGUCCUCCAAACACGACGAGUUGAGUUUUUACCAAAAAGUUAUAUUUUGGUUUCAUCUGACCAUAUGACAUUCUCCCAAUCCUCUUCUGGAUCAUCCAAAUGCACUCUAGCAAACUUCAGACGGGCCUGGACAUGUACUGGCUUAAGCAGGGGGACACGUCUGGCACUGCAGGAUUUGAGUCCCUGGCGGCGUAGUGUGUUACUGAUGAUAGGCUUUGUUACUUUGGUCCCAGCUCUCUGCAGGUCAUUCACUAAGUCCCCCUGUGUGGUUCUGGGAUUUUUGCUCACCGUUCUUGUGAUCAUUUUGACCCCACGGGGUGAGAUCUUGCGUGGAGCCCCAGAUCGAGGGAGAUUAUCAGUGGUCUUGUAUGUCUUCCAUUUCCUAAUAAUUGCUCCCACAGUUGAUUUCUUCAAACCAAGCUGCUUACCUAUUGCAGAUUCAGUCUUCCCAGCCUGGUGCAGGUCUACAAUUUUGUUUCUGGUGUCCUUUGACAGCUCUUUGGUCUUGGCCAUAGUGGAGUUUGCAGUGUGACUGUUUGAGGUUGUGAACAGGUGUCUUUUAUACUGAUAACAAGUUCAAACAGGUGCCAUUAAUACAGGUAACGAGUGGAGGACAGAGGAGCCUCUUAAAGAAGAAGUUACAGGUCUGUGAGAGCCAGAAAUCUUGCUUGUUUGUAGGUGACCAAAUACUUAUUUUCCACCAUAAUUUGCAAAUAAAUUCAUAAAAAAUCCUACAAUGUGAUUUUCUGGAUUUUUUUUCCUCAAUUUGUCUGUCAUAGUUGACGUGUACCUAUGAUGAAAAUUACAGGCCUCUCAUCUUUUUAAGUGGGAGAACUUGCACAAUUGGUGGCUGACUAAAUACUUAUUUCCCCACUGUGUAUAUAUAUAUAUAGCUGUGGAAAAAAUUAAGAGCCCACUGCAAAUUUGUCUUAAAUCAGCAUCUCUACAUGUAUGACAGCCAUUCCAUUCCAGUGUCUGUUGAAUUCCAACACAGGCACACCUCAUUCUGCUGAAUUAGGUACUGAUUAGGUGAUCACCUGAACCAAAUCUUAUUUAAUGAGGAAAAGUAUAAAAACCACUUCUGUGGUCAUCACUAUCCUCUUGCAAUAGGACCAGCUGGAUGGUAAAAACAGUGCUAAUAGUAUCUCUCAAAAAAUAACUAUUGACCAUGCCAAAAGAGUUUUGAGUGAGGAAAAGAAGGGUUCAAUUCUGGCUUUACUGGCAGAGGGAUACAGUGAGCGUCAGGUUGCUUCCAUCCUUAAAAUUUAAAAGACGGCGGUUCAUAAGAACAAGGUCAAGCAGCAGACAUUGGGGACAACAAAGCUACAGACCGGCAGAGGGCGAAAACGACUACUGACGAGGAUGACCGCCAACUCAUUCGAAUGUCACUCAACUGUAGGAUGACAUCAAGUGACCUACAAAAAUAAUGGCAAACGGCAGCUGGAGUGAAGUGCACGGCGAGGACGGUUCGAAACAGGCUCCUAGGGGCAGGGCUGAAGUCGUGCAAAGCUAGAAAAAAGCCCUUCAUCAAUGAGAAGCAAAGAAGAGCCAGGCUGAGGUUUGCAAAAGACCAUAAGGAUUGGACCGUAGAGGACUGGAGUAAGGUCAUCUUCUCUGAUGAGUCCAAUUUUCAGCUUUGCCCAACACCUGGUCGUCUAAUGGUUAGACGUAGACCUGGAGAGGCCUACAAGCCACAGUGUCUCGCACCCACUGUGAAAUUUGGUGGAGGAUCGGUGAUGAUCUGGGGGUGCUUCAGCAAGGCUGGAAUCGGGCAGUUUUGUAUUUGUGAAGGACGCAUGGAACAAGCCACGUACAAGGUUGUCCUGGAAGAAAACUUGCUUCCUUUUGCUCUGACAUUGUUCCACAACUCUGAGGAUUAGAUUUUCCAGCAGGACAAUGCGCCAUGCCACACAGCCAGGUCAAUCAAGGUGUGGAUGGAGGACCACAUGGCCAGCCCAAUCUCCAGACCUGAACCACAUUCAAAACUUCUGGAAUGUGAUUGUCAAUAGCCAUCAAACAAAGCUGAGCUGCUUGAAUUUUUGCGCCAGGAGUGGCAUAAAGUCACCCAACAUCAUUGUGAAAGACUGGUGGAGAGCAUGCCAAGACGCAUGAAAGCUGUGAUUGAAAAUCAGGGUUAUUCCACCAAAUAUUGAUUUCUGAACUCUUCUUAAGUUAAAACAUUAGUAUUGUGUUGUUUAAAAAUGAACAUGAACUUAUUUUCUUUGCAUUAUUCGAGGUCUGACAACACUGCAUCUUUUUUGUUAUUUUGACCAGUUGUCAUUUUCUGCAAAUAAAUGCUCUAAAUGACAAUAUUUUGGGGGGGAAUUUAGGAGAAAUGUUGUCAGUAGUUUAUAGAAUAAAACAAACAUUUUAUUUUUACCCAAACACAUACAGUGAGGGGGAAAAAAGUAUUUGAUCCCCUGGUGAUUUUGUACGUUUACCCACUGACAAAGAAAUGAUCUGUCUAUAAUUUUAAUGGUAGGUUUAUUUGAACAGUGAGAGACAGAAUAACAACAAAAAAAUCCAGAAAAACGCAUGUCAAAAUUGUUAUGAAUUGAUUUGCAUUUUAAUAAGGGAAAUAAGUAUUUGACCCCCUCUGAAUCCGAAAGAUUUCUGGCUCCCAGGUGUCUUUUAUACAGGUAACGAGCUGAGAUUAGGAGCACUCCUAAUCUCAGCUUGUUACCUGUAUAAAAGACACCUGUCCACAGAAGCAAUCAAUCAAUCAGAUUCCAAACUCUCCACCAUGGCCAAGACCAAAGAGCUCUCCAAGGAUGUCAGGGACAAGAUUGUAGACCUACACAAGGCUGGAAUGGGCUACAAGACCAUCGCCAAGCAGCUUGGUGAGAAGGUGACAACAGUUGGUGCGAUUAUUCGCAAAUGGAAGAAACACAAAAGAACUGUCAAUCUCCCUCGGCCUGGGGCUCCAUGCAAGAUCUCACCUCGUGGAGUUGCGAUGAUCAUGAGAACGGUGUCAGAACUACACGGGAGGAUCUUGUCAAUGAUCUCAAGGCAGCUAGGACCAUAGUCACCAAGAAAACAAUUGGUAACACGCUACGCCGUGAAGGAUUGAAAUCCUGCAGCGCCCGCAAGAUCCCCCUGCUCAAGAAAGCACAUAUACAGGCCCGUCUGAAGUUUGCCAAUGAACAUCUGAAUGAUUCAGAGGAGAACUGGGUGAAAGUGUUGUGGUCAGAUGCAGUGGCGGCUCCUGAAAAAAUUCUAAGGGGGGGCAAUUAUUCUGAUGAUUUAGGUGACCUACACACAUUUUUAAAAAGAUAUGUCCAGCAGCAACAUGAAGACAGGGGCAGCAUAUAAAUCAAUACCAGAAGCAUUUAUUGACUGAUCUCAAAAGUGUUGGCUUACAAAAGCAAAAUAAGUUAUCACAGUAAAUAUAAUCAAGGGUGUUCUUUCACAUUCCUCAACACUGCAUAAACAAUAUGCAUUUCCAUAAAACACCUCAUCUAAUUGUGCCACAAAGUUGACAAGUCCAAGAAAAAUACCAGGGUUGGUGAAGCCCUCAGUUUCAUCUUUGCCUCGCAAAGCUAACUCAAACACUCCGCAAAACUUCACACACUGGAUUAGCCGGCUGAGGAUGUGGCGGUUCUUGCUAACCUCAUCGUUGUGGCGGCGGACAGCUAGCCUGUAUCCCUCAUCCAGUUGAGUGGCAAUGUUCACUCUCCCCAAAGCAGACAAUCUCAAACAGCUAUCCAUGUGGGUCUUUGACAGCUCAUGUUUCUUAAUCUUUUCUGAAAGAUGGUGCAUGUCCGUUACACCAGUCGCUGUCCAAGCGGUGCUGUCUGCCGUGCCGCCUUCAGGGUGAAAGAGUAAGCAGGGGUAGCAGAAGACUGCAUUAGCUACAUCGCAGCCUGCUAGCCAGGUUUUUCGUUCGUACCAAUUUUUGGAAAAUCCUCGGGUGUAGGACUUUCCCCCUUUAGUAGAAACCUGUUGAAUUAUUAAAUUUGGUCUGGGAGGUCCUAAUUGUUUCGUUGCCAAUUUAUCUUGAUUUGUUCACCGACAAAAAGGAACUUCUUUCAAAGAGACAAUCGAGUUGCACUGAACGCUAGCCAUCUUGACAGUAGUACGUGAAUUGAUUGACGCUGCUACCCGCUCUUUUCUUAGUUACGUUCAUGGUUAUGUUACGUAUGACGAAAGCGCGUAAGUGCAAGCCCUCCCGGAACCCAUAGAGAUUGUAUUGAAAGCUCUGAUAUUUGAAAAAAAAAGAUUUUACAUGAGAGUCUAUGAGAGACUUCUGGGGCGAUUUUCAACCUGACUGAAAUCGCCCCAAAAGGGGCGGGGCCAUUUGAAGCACGACUUUAGCCUGAUUGGACAUUUAGUGGCAGAUCAGACGUCUAGAUUAGAACACUGAUAACUACUGUUGCCGUGAUAUAAUUGAUUAGGAAAAAAAUCCCUUCCUUUUCCCGUUUGGCAGUGCGUCGCCCAUAUCGCCCUAAUGAACACACCGCCCCUGGUCAGAUGAGACCAAAAUCGAGCUCUUUGGCAUCAACUCAACUCGCCGUGUUUGGAGGAGUAGGAAUGCUGCCUAUGAUCCCAAGAACACCAUCCCCACCGUCAAACAUGGAGGUUGAAACAUUAUGCUUUGGGGUGUUUUUCUGCUAAGGGGACAGGACAACUUCACCGCAUCAAAGGGACGAUGGAUGGGGCCAUGUACCCUCAAAUCUUGGGUGAGAACCUCCUUCCCUAAGCCAGGGCAUUGAAAAUGAGUCAUGGAUGGGUAUUUCGGCAUGACAAUGACCCAAAACACACGUCCAAGGCAAAAAAGGAGUGGCUCAAGAAGAAGCACAUUAAAAGGUCCUGGAGUGGCCUAGCCAGUCUCCAGACCUUAAUCCCAUAGAAAAUCUGUUGAGGGAGCUGAAGGUUCGAGUUGCCAAACGUCAGCCUCGAAACCUUAAUGACUUGGAGAAGAUCUGCAAAGAGGAGUGGGACAAAAUCCCUCCUGAGAUGUGAGCAAACCUGGUGGCCAACUACAAGAAACGUCUGACCUCUGUGAUUGCCAACAAGGGUUUUGCCACCAAGUAAUAAGUCAUGUUUUGCAGAGGGGUCAAAUACUUAUUUCCCUCAUUAAAAUGCAAAUCAAUUUAUAACAUUUUUGACAUGCGUUUUUCUGGAUUUUUUUGUUGUUAUUCUGUCUCUCACUGUUCAAAUAAACCUACCAUUAAAAUUAUAGACUGAUCUUGUCUUUGUCAGUGGGCAAACAUACAAAAUCAGCAGGGGAUCAAAUACCUUCUUCCCACACUGUAUAUAUAGUUGAAAUCGGAAGUUUACAUACACCUUAGCCAAAUACAUUUCUACUCAGUUUUUCACAAUUCCUGACAUUUAACCCUAGUAAAAAUGCCCUGUCUUAGGUCAGUUAGGAUCACCACUUUAUUUUAAGAAUGUGAAAUGUCAGAAUAAUGGUAGAGAGAAUGAUUUAUUUCAGCUUUUAUUUCUUUCAUCACAUUCCCAGUGGGUCAGAAGUUUACAUACACUCAAUUAGUAUUUGGUAGCAUUGCCUUUAAAUUGUUUAAUUUGGGUCAAACGUUUCCCAUAAUAAGUUGGGUGAAUUUUGGCCCAUUCCUCCUGACAGAGCUGGUGUUACUGAGUCAGGUUUGUAGGCCUCCUUGCUCGCACACGCUUUUUCAGUUCUGCCCACACAUUUUCUAUAGGAUUGAGGUCAGGGCUUGUGAUGGCCACUCCAAUACCUUGACUUUGUUGUCCUUAAGCCAUUUUUCCACAACUUUGGAAGUAUGUUUGGGGUCAUUGUCCAUUUGGAAGACCCAUUUGCGACCAAGCUUUAACUUCCUGACUGAUGUCUUGAGAUGUUGCUUCAAUAUAUCCACAUAAUUUUCCUUCCUCAUGAUGCCAUCUAUUUUGUGAAGUGCACCAGGCCCUCCUUCAGCAAAGCACCCCCACAGCAUGAUGCUGCCACCCCCGUGCUUCACAGUUGGGAUGGUGUUCUUCGGCUUGCAAACAUUCCCCUUUUUCCUCCAAACAUAACAAUGGUCAUUAUGGCCAAACAGUUCUAUUUUUGUUUCAUCAGACCAGAGGAUAUUUCUCCAAAAAGUACGAUCUUUGUCCCCAUGUGCAGUUGCAAACUGUAGUCUGGCUUUUUAAUGGCGGUUUUGGAGCAGUGGCUUCUUCCUUGCUGAGCGGCCAUUCAGGUUAUGUCGAUAUAGGACUCAUUUUACUGUGAUAUAGAUAUUUUUUACCUGUUUCCUCCAGCAUCUUCACAAGGUCCUUUGCUGUUGUUCUGGGAUUGAUUUGCACUUUUCGCACCAAAGUACGUUCAUCUCUAGGAGACAGAACGCGUCUCCUUCCUGAGCGGUAUGACGGCUCCGUGGUCCCAUGGUGUUUAUACUUACAUACUAUUUUUUGUACAGAUGAACGUGGUACCUUCAGGCGUUUGGAAAUUGCUCCCAAGGAUGAACCAGACUUGUGGAGGUCUACACAUUUUUUCUGAGGUCUUGGCUGAUAUCUUUUGAUUUUCCCAUGAUGUCAAGCAAAGAGGCACUGAGUUUGAAGGUAGGCCUUGAAAUACAUCCACAGGUACACCUCCAAUUGACUCAAAUGAUGUCAGUUAGCCCAUCAGAAGCUUCUAAAGCCAUGACAUCAUUUUCUGGAAUUUUCCAAGCUGUUUAAAGGCACAGUCAAUUUAGUGUAUGUAAACGUCUGACCCACUGGAAUUGUGAUACAGUGAAUUAUAAGUGAAAUAAUCUGUCUGUAAACAGUUGUUGGAGAAAUUACUUGUGUCUUGCAAAAAGUAGAUGCCCUAACAGACUUGCCAAAACUAUAGUUUGUUAACAAGAAAUUUGUGGAGUGGUUGAAAAACGAGUUUUAAUGACUCCAACCUAAGUGUAUGUGAACUUCCGACUUCAUCUGUGUGUGUGUGUGUGUGUGUGUGUGUGUGUGUGUGUGUGUGUGUGUGUGUGUGUGUGUGUGUGUGUGUGUGUGUAUAUAUAUAUAUAUAUAUAUAUAUAUAUAUAUAUAUAUAUAUAUAUAUAUAUAUAUAUAUAUAUAUAUAUAUUAAAAACACAGGAAAAGCACUGGGCCUUCAACUUUGUGACCAUAACUGUGUGCCUGAUGGACAGUAAUUCAGCUCAACUGUUUUACAACAAUAUACAACUUUCCAACCAUAUGGAAUCCUGUUUAGACCUGUGUAAAUCUGUAUAGUAGGGCUGUGUAAAUCUGUAUAGUAGGACUGUGUACAUUUUGUAUAGUGGGGCUGUGUAAAUCUGUAUAGUGGGGCUGUGUAAAUCUGUAUAGUGGGGCUGUGUAAAUCUGUAUAGUGGGGCUGUAUAAAUCUGUAUAGUGGGGCUGUGUAAAGUAGGGCUGUGUCCUGACUCUGCCCUCUCUUUUCUCUUCCUUCCUGUCUCCUCAGAAGAAGGUGGAGCUUCAGACAGACUCCAGAGCCAGUCCCAAGAGGAGCCCCGAGCCGGACAUUGACCUGCUAGGCAUGGGUAAGGCAUGACCAGCAUAUCCCAGAUCCUAGAAAUUGAUACUCUAAAUGGCCGACUUUAUCGCGCUCUUUCUUUCUCUCACACUCGCUCUCGGAACCAUGUGUCUUCCUGAUGGAGGCAGUACGUUUCUAUGGCUCCCUCAGCCCUCGCUCCCAGAGUGGCCAUCCCAUAAUAGAUGGUCAGAUGAAGCCGGAACAAAGGGAGGCUACUUUCAAGGGGAGAAGAGAUAGAAGAGCCUGUGCCGCUCUCUCUCAUUUCAUCGCCCUCUCCCUCUCUCUGUUCAAACUCCACAUCAUGCACUACUCAUCCCUCUCUCUCUCUCUCUCUCUCUCUCUCUCUCUCUCUCUCUCUCACUCUAAAUUAUUUCCCCUGUUCUCUCUCAAGGGGCAACAUUUUGUUCACACUUCAAGGGCUAAAUUAUGGAUGUUCUAUCAUAGUGUUAUAUAAAGACUACCAUCAUGCUGACUUACUUCUCUCUCUACUUCUAUCUCUCUCUAUUGCUCUCUGGUCAAACUCCCCAUCAUACACUCCUCCUCAUGACCUCUCUCUCUCUCUCUCUCUCUCUCUCUCUCUCUCUCUCUCUCUCUCUCUCUCUCUCUCUCUCUCUCUCUCUCUCUCUCUCUCUCUCUCUCUCUCUCUCUCUCUCUCUCUAGCUCUCUGGUCAAACUCCCCAUCAUACACUCCUCCUCACGACUCUUCUCUCUCUCUCUCUCUAUGAAUGGUACAUUGUGUACUAAUGGUCUCACCUCUUGAGGAGGGGGAACACAGUUUCUCCCCUCGCCACAUUCUCAUUCUUUCCCUGUCUCUUUCUCUCUCUCCCCAAUGUCCCAUGGUGUUUUCCCUCCCUUCAUAGAGAGCAGCUGUAUUGUAGACGGGCAAUGUCUCUGUGGGAUCACAAUCAACCAGCAUCCCUGUUUCUCUUCCAGCUGUGUCUCUCUCUCUCUCUCUCUCUCUCUGCCUCUCUCUGCCUCUCUCUGCCUCUCUCUCUCUCUCUCUCUCUCUGCCUCUCUGCCUCUCUCUCUCUGCCUCUCGCUCUCUCUCUCUCUGCCUUGCGCUCUCUUUCUCUGCCUUGCGCGCUCUCUCUCUCUCUCUGCCUCCCUCUCUCUCUCUCUGCCUCCUCUCUCUCUAUCUCUCUCUCCUCUCUCUCUCUAUCUCUCUAUCUCUUCUCUCUCUCUCUCUCUCUCUCUCUCUCUCUCUCUCUCUCUCUCUCUCUCUCUCUCUCUCUCUCUCUCUCUGCCUAUUGAGCUUAUAUCACAUUUGAAAAUCAGAUUUAUGAUUCCAAAAAUAGCCCUUGAAAACAAUUGGCAGUUUGUGAUCCACAAAUUGAAAUUCAAUUCCAUUUGAACUUCGGAGGUGAAAUCACUGUGAAUGAAAAUCCAUAUCCACCUGAAAGUAAUGGGCCAUUUCUUAGUUGACUGUUUUGAAAUAGCGUUGAGUUAUAUUCAUAUACCUGUGUCGAGAGAGCUGACUGGGCUUUUUCAUUCAUUUAAGGUUCUGAACCCCAAAUAAAUAAUCUCCCAAAAUAUCCUCCUACGUCUAAGGAGGGAAGGGGAAUAGGCAGCACAUCAUAAAUAAUCAGGAGUCAUAUAUACACACACACACACACACACGGAUAUGAGAUUUCGCACAAAAUUAAUACUGCCUACAGGUCAAUGUUUACUCUCUCCCUUCUCUCUCUCUCUCUCUCUCUCUCUCUCUCUCUCUCUCUCUCUCUCUCUCUCUCUCUCUCUCUCUCUCUCUCAGAUGCACCUGCAGGUGGAGCUGCAACCAGUGCUACUGCUACACCAGUCAGCGAUGAGGACAUCUUUGGUCCAAUGGUGUCCAACCCUCUGCCCUCCUGCAACAACACUCAGGUACCAACUCUCACCUCUUCCUCUGGACCACCUCACACCACAACCCCAAAUCUCACCUUCUCGCUCCAUCAACCUCCCAUUGUUGUCAGACUAUGCCCUCUCCCCUGUGGAUACAAUUGUAGUCAGUGAAGACAGACUGGAGCACUGGGCUUUGUGUUCCUCUGCAGUAAGAACACACUCAUACACACACAUUGACCUCAACUCAUGCGCGCACACACACACACACACACAAAAACACACACAUACACUACCAGUCAAAAGUUUGGACACACCUACUCAUUCAAAGGUUUUUCUUUAUUUUUUUGGACUAUUUUCUACAUUGUAGAAUAAUAGUGAAGACAUCAAAACUGUGCAAUAACACAUUUGGAAUCAUGUAGUAACCAAAUUAGUGUUAAACAAAUCAAAAUAUACUUUAUAUUUGAGAUUCUUCAAAUAGCCACCACUUUGCCUUGAUGGCAGCUUUGCACACUCUUGGCAUUCUCUCACCCAGCUUCGAGGUAGUCACCUAGAAUGCAUUUCAAUUAACAGGUGUGCCUUAAAAGUUAAUUUGUGGAAUUCUUUCCUUCUUAAUGCGUUUGAGCCAAUCAGUUGUGUUGUGACAAGGGUAUACAGGAGAAAGCCCUAUUUGGUAAAAGACCAAGUCCAUGUUAUGGCAAGAACAGCUAAAAUAAGCAAAGAGAAACAACAGUCCAUCAUUACUUUAAGACAUGAAGGUCAGUCAAUAAGGAACAUUUCAAGAACUUUGAAAGUUUCUUCAAGUGCAGUCACAAAAACCAUCAAGCGCUUUGAUGAAACUGGCUCUCAUGAGGAUCGCCACAGGAAUGGAAGACCCAGAGUUACCUCUGCUGCAGAGAAUAAGUUCAUUAGAGUUACCAGCCUCAGAAAUUGCAGCCCAAAUAAAUGCUUCACAGAGUUCAAGUAACAGACACAUCUCAACAUCAACUGUUCAGAGGAGACUGCGUGAAUCAGGCCUUGCAAAGACUCCACACUUAACCAGCAUGGCUACCACAGCAUUCUGCAGCAAUACGCCAUCCCAUCUGGUUUGGGCUUAGUGGGACUAUAAUUUAGUUUUUCAACAGAACAAUGACCCAACACACCUCCAGGCUGUGUAAGGGCUAUUUUACCAAGAAGGAGAGUGAUGGAGUGCUGCAUCAGAUGACCUGGCCUCCACAAUCCCCCGACCUCAACCCAAUUGAGAUGGUUUGGGAUGAGUCGGGCCACAGAGUGAAGGAAAAGCAGCCAACAAGUGCUCAGCAUAUGUGGGAACUCCUUCAAGACUGUUGGAAAAGCAUUCCAGGUGAAGUUGGUUGAGAGAAUGGCAAGACUGUACAAAGCUGUCAUCGAGGCAAAGGGUGGCUAUUUGAAGAAUCUCAAAUGUAAAAUAUAUUUUGAUUUGUUUAACACAUUUUUGGUUACUACAUGAUUCCAUAUGUGUUAUUUCAUAGUUUUGAUGUCUUCACUAUUAUUCUACAAUGUAGAAAAUAGUAAAAAUAAAAACCCUUGAAUGAGUAGGUGUGUCCAAACUUUUGACUGGUACUGUAUAACAGACAAACACAUAACACACACUCAUAAUGUGCAGUCUAGUCCUCCCAUUGCAUGUCCUCUGAGAGCUGGAGAGAGGUCGGAGUGUAUUGUGUUAAUUUCACAGUGUAAACCGAGACAGUGUGUCCCUGUCCCCAGCUCCCCAGUCACAGCUGACACUGUUGGUUAGUUAAGGCCUGUCAGAUGAAAGGACACGCCGCCAAUAAUGUGUCUGUGGAUAUUACCACUGGAGAGGGAGGAGGAUGAGAGGGGAAAGGAGUGGGAUGGGGAAGAGGGAGAUUGGGACAGAGUGCAGGAGGAGAGAGAGAGAGAGAGGGAGAGGAUAGUCUGAACUGAGGAAGAGAGAGGAGCCAUAUUUCCCCCUCUCACUUUCUCCCCCUCUCUCAGCUGUCUCGCCAGUCUGAGAACAGCAGUGGAGAGCUGGAGAGAUAA